AUGCUUGAAAAGUUGAGUUUGAAGUGUGAUAAGCUCCUGUCACACAUGCAGCUUGCAUGCUGCCGUUCAUACUGUGGCAUACCGCUCCAUGGCAAAGAUAUCCUGAUCUACAGUGACACAGACACAGAGCAGAAGGUGAGUUUGAUGAUUUCAAUACCUAUGAUUUACAAAAGGGCAUGCUAAGGCCAUGAUAAGUACGAGUCUUUGUUACUUCUAUGCAAAAAUACCCUUUUUAAAAGUUGUUUACUAUCAAAUAUUAAAGCCAAAGAAGGGACUGAUUGUCUAUACUAAUCCCAUAUUAAUUCUUAUGUGUGUCCACAGUCUCUGCUUCUCACUGGCCAUCAUGGUGAGAUAUCUGCCAUGACUUUUGGAAACAGAAGCAGACCUGUAAUCCUCUGCUCUGCAUCUUCUGACUAUAUCAUAGUCUGGGACAUUGAACUAUGCCAGAGGAGAACACGGGAGGGUAAGGAGGCAAUUUGAGUGUGCAUGUAUGUGGACAGAUGAAUCAGUAUAGAGGUUAUCCCCUUGUAAAUGUUUGUGAUUGUGAUCCUGUGACUAGGUAGUGAGAAAAACUUUUACACAUAAAGAGUCAGAGCAUUUCCUGAGUGAUAACCUUUAGCAGCCUGCCAUCUAGUGUCCAGCUAGCGCACCUACUACACCUCUUCUUCUUCUUCUUCUUCUUCUUCUUCUUCUCUCUUGCAGGUAAAAUAGCAGCAGGAACAGUUAUUGGGUCUUUACAGGGUGAAGUCGUAUACCUAUCAUUCUGUCCCUCUGAUGAACGAGUGGCUGCUUGUUCAGGGGCAUCUGUAUAUAUUCUCAGCUCAAAGGUACAAUAUGAUCAACUCUAGUUAAGUAUAUAUAUAUUUUUCUCUGUUUUUAUAUGCUAUUACUUAACUGUGGUUGGUUGCAAUUACUCUGCACUGCAUUUUAAGUGAUAAAUGUGUAAUUUCAUUCCUUAUUAAUGAUUUAGUAGCAGUCAGUUGAGAGUUUGAUUAUUGUUUUCCACACCAGAAACACAAAGUAAUCUCUACCCUGAGCAGUCACCUCGCCCCUGUAACAUCAGCGGAGUUCUGUCCCUGGAAUGACAACGUCCUGGUCACCACAUCAGAGGACCGCACCUUUAAGGUAAGGUAAAGGCUUUGGAUGCAGAUGUGGAGUCAAAAGUGCAAUAACGUUAGUGACAGUGAGAUGUAUUUGUUACUUACCCUGCAGUUGAGUUUGAGUGCUUUAAUGGCGUUUUGUGUAUUUCAGGUUUGGGAUCUGAAAAGUGAAGCCCCUUGCUAUCAGUCUUUUGUUCUUUCUGGUAUGAUUUUAUCAUUUAAAAUCUAGAGGAAAUCAGUAUGCUGUCCUCAAUUAAGUCAUUAAAUCAGAAUCCUCUUUUUACAUUUGUGUUAGAGUUUUCAUAAAAAUGUAAUUAUGUUUCUGGGGCAAACCCUUUAUUUCUUUAGCCUCUCCUCUGCUCACUGUGCACUUCUUGGAGGAGAGCCGACACUUCAUCACUGGCUCAACUGAUGGCCAGGUUAGUUCAUCGCUCCAAACAGCUCUAACCACAGCAGAGACAGAAAUUGUAUUGAUUUUUUUUAAAGGUGUGUCUGUUUCUUUUUGAUGUAGCUGUGGUGCUUCUCUCUCCCUGAUGAUAACAAAUGUCACAUGGUGACCAAAAUGGACCUUCAGAAGAUGGAAAAGAGACAUCAGCUGCACCAAAGAAACUUGAGCCAUGACGCAGGUGAUGCUCUUAACCAUUUGAGAAAACAUGUCUUGUGCCAUCGGCUAUGUGGAUGUUAACUUCAACUCUGUUUGUUGUUGUGUUAUUCCAGAGGUUACAGAACAAUCAGCUUUACCUGACAUGGAGACUUCAAAACCUGUCCUCAAAAUCGCUUCAUGUAGCUCAUUCAGCAACAGCAGUAAUGACGGUAAAAUGUAGGUGAUCAAUUAUUAUUACAUCAUUGCAGACACUGUGGUUGAAAAAGCACAGAACUGGAAAUUUAUUGUUUAUUUUUUUACAUAACCAGGUAUAAAACUUAUCCUUUAUUUUCUAUUAUGAUGACAAAAACAGUUUCUUCUUAUGCCAGUAGAUGAUACUAAGGGUUCCUCUGAUAAUGAGUAGAGAUUUAGAAGGCAGUUUUAAUUGAGAUCAAGUCAUUAUAAUUCCAUUUAACUUCAACAGGUAAGAGAGGGUGAUUAACUGUUGUGCACAGUUUGCAUUGUAGAGGAAAAACUUUAGAAUAACUUUAAACUUCUAUCCAGAUGAGUAUUGAUCAUAUUGACUGUAAUGCAUGUUCAGUUUUUCAGAUGUAGACAGGUAAAAUCGUUAGGUGAGAUAAACAUAAACUUUGUAAUGUUAGGCCAUUCGUAGAGAUGUGGUAAAGUCAAAGUACAAUAUUUGUCUUUCAAAAGUAGAGCAGUACAAGUGAUGCAUUUUCCCAAAAAGUCAAAGUAUAGAUAAAGACAGAAACAUAGAUCAGACUUUGGGUUAUGGGCUUAAAGCAACAUCUUUUUAAAGUUGCAUGUGCUGUAGGAAGAUUUUUCAGACCCUAACAAGCAGUUCAGAGUCAUUCAACCAUCAUGUAACAUAACAAAUCUGUUUCUAUUGAAUCAAUAGACUUUACCAGGUGUCCUAAUUACGAGGAGGGACUGCUUAACUUCAUUUGUAACAAGGAUUGAUGUUGAGGCAAGAUACAACACCGUCAAAAGUGUGGCCACUCUCAAGAGUUUAGUUUUGUUCUCACUUCCAAAAGGUGAAACUGCAUGCGAUCCAGGAAAAUAUUACUACGAUGAUUUAUAUUCAGUCCCACUUUUCAAAAAAGUGUACAUUUUUGUUAAUUCAUGGAUGUCAAAUCGCCUCCGAAUCCUGGAAAAAGUGCCUCAUCUUUGAGGGCUAAUUGCCACACGUGUCCUCGCAGUCAAAGGAAACUUCACACAUUGUAGGAAACUUUGCAGGCUCGUAGCAUAAACGAUUUCAGGCUGUAAAAACACUUGAUGUUUUGACAGGAAGCAGGCACUUAAAAACCACAGACAUAACUCUCUGUGUAGAUUGUGGACCACUGGAAUGAAAUGGACGUUGAUUCCUUAUUUACCCGAGCAGAGCGUAUGAUCUCAGGGCAGUAUUUACAUCUUUGCUUUCAGAUGCUUUAGCUCAGCUGUCCGUCUGGAUUUACACUUUUACUGCUUUCAUUUGAAAGGGUUUUUACAAAUAAAACAACUUUGUUUGGAUAUUAAAAGGGACUACAAACCUCCUAUUUAACCACCACAAUGCAGUGUUUCGGAGCCUCUUGGCGUCGGUGUUCAUUAAGACUAAAAGAUGCUUUGAAUAAGUAUCAAAGUUGCUGAGUAAUAAACCAAAAAAGGCAAUAUCCUCAAAGCAGACUAUUUCUAUGAAAGUACAGUUGUCAUGCUGAGAAUCCUAACAUGUACGUUUCCAUACAUUAAUGUUAAAGCUUGUGUAACUCCAUCAUUCUGCCCCCACGCUCAUCCUAAGCAGGAAGUGGGUCAAAGGGUCUCAGUAAAGUCUCAGAUUUCUCUUCAUUCUUCCCCAGUAUUUCCAUCUUGUAGGGUAUAUUUAGUUUAGACUGCAUGGAGUCAAAGGAAACUUAAAAAAAAUAAAACAAAAAAGAGUCGAGUCCUAUGGUGAGCAUGCCUUGACACUCCAUCACAUCAGUCUGUUUUUCCAAUCAUGCGGUUAAACUGUCAUUCCUCAAGUGUUGUGACAAAAAAACUGCUUUUGAGGGAAAUCCUGUAAUGCUGUUUUUCCAUCCAUUCCUCUUCGGGCCCCUGCAGAGACUACAGCCGGUUCUGUAUUGGAAGCACUGAUGGGCUGUAUGUGGUGGAUCUGGCUGCCUCAGAGCUCCUAACAGUCAUUUAUUUCAGAGGUAAACUGAUCAUGAAUUGACUUCUGUUACCACUGCUGAAUGUUUGCAAUCUGUUUAUACUUUUUUUUUUUGUUUAAAAAGUGCACCAUCAAUUCACUUGAAGCAAAAAAAACAACAACUGUGAUUGAUUUUUAAGUAUAAGAGGGAACAGCCACUUCAUUUUUUCCAUAUUCCAUGUACUUGGACUCAGUUUGGAAAAAUUCAGAUUUCUUUCAGAAGCAAAUAAACGUCUGCAAAAGGCCAUCGGAAAUAGUCCAAAAUCUUUAAUCAACCUCUCAAACUCUAUUUAGAUAAGCCAGCUAAAGCAAGUCAGUGCAAAUCAAAAGGAUUGACAGUAAAAGAUUAACACAUGCUGAUGAAAAAUACAUAUAAUCAAGUAGCGAUCUUCCUUUAUAAAUACCUUCAUUGUGUUCAACAACAUGUAGUUCUUAUGCAGAUGUGCAGCUUUUUGAUACCAUCUGUGCAAUCACACUGUCAGCUACCUGCACGGUAGUUGAGCUCCGCAUAUGUUGGCAUUGGUAGUUGUGGUGUGGACAAACCCACAGACCACUACCACUUCACCCACACUUGUGCCUCCCUCUUUCCCCAACCACAUGUUGUCCAAAGCUGAAGAGUCUCUUAAGUCAAACCACUAAGGUUUAUUUACUUCACAUUAUUCAGUGUAGGUUUUAGGAUGCAAAGGUAUAACCCUGAUAAGUGAUGAUUUAGAUCUGUAUGCCAUUCUUUUUAACCAGCAUGCUGUUCACAAUGACACUAUUGCUUCUCUUUGAGCAACAUCUUUUAGGUAAAAUACCUUAGCAUGAUCAAAUACCACUCUGCGAUGUUGCACAUUUUGAAGAUGACAAGAAAGUUAUUAUCUUCUACACUGCAUUACUCAGCAGCUCCUAGAUUACAUGCUUUUUUUUUUUUUGCUAGGGAUUAAGGGCUUUGAAAUAACAGUCACUACUUCUGAAUUUCCUUGCAGAGAUUCAGACCCUCUUCUCAAGAAUCAGUUUAAAUCAUCAGUAUAACGUUACCCUCCAAGGAUCACUUUGUUGUUUGAAGGAAGGAUUAGCUUUAGACUUUUAGACUACUAAACGGAAAUGUAAAUUAUACACAUAAUGAUAUGGACCUUUAAUGUAUAGAUCAUAUUUUCGAUGUUUACAUUGCAACUUACUUUAUAUGAGCUGCAAAAUAAAAGCCAAACCUGUGACUUAUUUUUACUCCUCUAGAUUACCCCAGUCUGAGCAUCACGAUGGCCAGGUCUUGGUCAGUCUCACCAGGGUUGGACAAUUCUGUAAGUAAUUUCUGUAAUAUGUAGUUAAACUGUACUGGGCAGCUGCUUUAAAAUAUCAUUUCAAGUAAACCCCAUUUAAUCUAGUUUGACCUCAGACACAGUAUGGACCAAUGAUGCUUGUAAAACAUCUCUGAUCAUAUAUUAAUACAAUAUCCCUAAUUUUCAUUCUGAAGUAUUUUGGAUUAACAUUGUUUUCAUUUCUUUGCAGAUGUUGUUGUUUGUAAGCUCUCUCUUUACUCCAUGUGUGGUACUGUUGAAGAUACAUCUAUGUGACCUAGGAGGGAUCAGGGCAUGUGCAGAAGGUUUUUCAGUGUUCCCAAGGUAAGACUAGAGUUAAACGGCUAAUCUUUUAAAAUGUCACAUUAUUUUGACCUCUGAGAAGACCGGUAGGCCCUCUUCGAACCUCCCUAUAACGCAGAGAUCAUCAUUAAAGGUCUCUAUAUGGAGGAGAGUAAGAGAGGCUGGAACCCAGAUGCUCCAAUCAAAAGAAUUCCUCCUAAGUUCAGCGGUGUGUUCUUGUACAUGCUUGCAUUUAAACAGCAGUAUGUUAUCAGUAAGCUCCAAAUCAUGAAACUGUCUGCGAGACAUCAGUAAUAGAAGAGAAAAAGUUCUGUAACUUGCGUAAUCAUCAGGCUCCAGACUGAAACUGCUCUGCCUAGUGAAUGACAACACUCUGAGGACCUUUUUCUUUUAUUAGUGAAGCAGUUAAAUCCACUUUUUAAUAAAACAGGCCAGACUUGAUCAGAACCCCAGUCUAGAAAAUCUUACUUACUUACUACUUUCAUAAUAACUUUGCUUUAAAAAUGCCAAAAAUGUUCAACGGUCCUCUGGAGAAGUCAUGAAACUCAUUCAAGUAUUACGUUUACCUCAGUAAAUAGUUAUUAACUAAAUGCAGCAGCAUCAGUCAUUAGUAUACAAACUGCAUUGCUGUAUUUCAAACACAAGUCACCUAACCUUAUCAGAGUAGGGUCUUUUUAAGCUGACCUCCCCCUGCCUAUAGCUCCCUCUGACUCUGACGUUUCCAUAUUAACUUGGCCUCUUGACCAUUCCUGCCAUCUGGAUUUGCAUGACUCAUCAGUAUCAUGGUACCAAGAAUAAGAGGGACUAAUAAUCCACGGUGUUGGAAAAUGCUGUUCUCCUUCAUUUCCAGGAACUCCUUUCCCCCCGUUUCACCCCUCCUUUCUUUUCAGUUGUCCUGCUCUACCAGACUCUCCUCUGAAUGCCGAGUUAAAGAAGAAGGAGAUCAACUCACCUAAAAAGAAAGGUCAGAAUCAUCCUGGUAUCAUCUGAACACUUUGUAAAAUUAGUUUUAAGAGCCUCUGAGAUCUUCCUCCUUAUCUGCAAAUGUAGAGGAUAGAAAAGGUUGGGAUUUUCCAUGAUUGGGAGUGCUGAUGUGGCUCUCUUAAUUUGAGUCCUUUCAGGUUUUAUUUGGCACAUUUGUGUGACUCACUACUCAGCAAAAACAAAACAUUUAGACUGAUAAUUCCUCCUUUUUGGCCCGCUUUGUUGCACGGUGUCUUCUUGCAGCAGUGGAUUUCUUGGUAAAAGGAGCCUUUUUGUGGUCCUUUGGCAUAUCAUUAGGAUCUGGCAGAUUGAAACUAUUCUGCUGAAGACCUACAGUACAGCAUACUGUGGUUUACAUUUUAUUCUUAUGGAGAGUUUUAUGCAGAGAAGGCCAAGAUGAGGCAGACUCCACACAGCUGGAACGAAGGGGGCUGCCAGUGCCAGACUAAGCAGGGGAUCUUCAGGGGGAGUCCAGAGGUGCUGCGUGACUGCCAUGUCAGACCAAAAACCACAAACAUUUACGGACCAGCUCAGCCCGCAGUGCUGCCCCCAUGCAUCCCUGUAUUCUUGAGGUUAUCUGCAGAAUUAUAUACAAAUUACACCAUAAACCUCUGAGACUCCUGGAACAGGAAGCCUUCUUCCAUUGUAAAUCUGGCACAAGUCUGACAGAGCUCUUUUAAAAAGGACUGGGAGUGCGUAUUAGAUAUCUGUUGCCGUGUCACACUUCUAUGUAACAUAAUCAUGAAGUAAACCAGGCCUGCUGGCCCUCCAAAGUGAUGAAAUUCAGCUGCAGUUACAUUUUGCAUGAUGUCACUUUUCUGAAGUGUUGCUGCCUGGAUUAGGUUGUUUUAUAGUGUGGGUAUCAGGGGAUUACUAAGGCAGCAAUUAGCAUUGUAUGGCCUCAAGUGCUUGUUCAUGACUCAUGAUGAAUGAUUUUUAGUUUACCGCAGAGAUCAAUUAUAUCAGAAAAUGUAAGAACACUGCUUCUACUCUUACAUAAUCAAUGACAUGAUGUCUUUUUUUCUCUAAAUCUAACCUUUUCAACCCUAAUGUCAAAAGAAGUUUGUGAAAUGCUGAUUAAAAAAGAAUUGGAUAUUUUCAAAUAAUGUUGAACCCUUUAUUCAAUAUAACCAAAUGCAUUGUCUUAAAGGAACUGAGGAGACCGGUUUGUAGAGUUAUAAAAGUUACAUUUUGUCCCAUUUUUGUCUGAUUUGUGCUGCUCAGGGUCUCCUAUGUCCUAUUUUCUGUCUCAUGAUGCACAAAAUAUUUCAGUGGUUGUCAUGUUGGACUGCAGGUAUGCCAGUUUAGCACCUGAACUCUUCUACUACAGAACCAUGCGGUUUGGCGUGGUUUUGCUAGAAUAUCCCAGAUUUCCUCCUCAUUGUCUGGAUGGCAGCGUAUGUGGUCCUUAAACAUUUACUGUUAAUGUGACCUCCUAUAUGUGUGAGCUAAUCACACAUGGGCACUCAUGCAUGUGUGCAGUGACAAACUCUGUUCAAAGACAGUUGAUUCAGUAUCAAUAUUUAGCCUACGCAGUAAUUUCCACUACAGAGUCAUGACCAUAGACUGUACAUAGAAUGGACAUCAUAUAUUUCCUCACUGGAUGAAGCCUCGGUGAGAACAGCACCCCCUAGUGACUGGUUGCAGUAUAGGUCAUUAACCCUGCCUCCUACAGCAAACUUAAUGUAGCUAUAGGCAAGCUGGUUGCGAUGUUGACGUAGUUAUUGCAAAACUGUUUUGUGCUCACGUCCUCUUUUUUCUGUAAAGCUCCAUUUUUGUGUUUUCGAGCUAGCAACAUUUUAUACAACAUCCCAGCUUUUAUGGAAUAAGGGAAGUGUUAAAAAGCUGCUCUUGAAAGCUAACUCAUGCUGAAAAAACGGAGGAACAGACUUAUUUGAAACAAUACUGAACACAUCUGCAAAAGCACAUGAAUGACAUCAGUCUUUAUUGCUUGACACGGAGCAGAAAGCAUCAAUGUCAGUGCUGUAUUUUAAGAUAUCCUUUGUUAGUUUAAAGCUGGAAACUGUAAUUCACAGCUUGUUCUCCAUUUAUUGCUUAUGUUGCGGUUUGUGUUUUAUUCACAUUCCUACAUGUAGUACUACAUUUGUUGCCCUCUCUGUACCUUUUCCCUCCAGUACGCCUUGCACAUGCUACACGUGUGUAACAUAUUCUUUACGUUUCUGUACAUCAUUUCUUUUACUGUCAGACCAAAACUUUGGCUCUAAAACCUGAAUUCCUUCAGUCUUCGGGUUAGCAUGCCUCUGAAAUCUGUCGUCUUGUACAGAGUGCCCUACUUUUUACACUUCAGUAAAGCAAUAAGUCACACUAGAGAGUCUGGAUACAGUCAAAAUAAUAUCUGAGACACAUAUACACCGUGCCUGCUAUGGUCUAUACGUUUUCAGAAGCUUGAGUUGUAAAGUCUUUCUUGGGCAGCGUACAACAGCGAGGAGGGAGGUCUGACAUUUUGCUAUUUUCUCUUCCCCGUCUGAAAACAAGAGUCAUGGUUUAUUUUAGAGUAAACUUCAGGGCUCAUCUGAGCCUGGUUCCUCUAUUGCAGGCAGUCCAAACUCUAAAACAAAUCAUUGUCACAUCUUAAAAACAAAGACGGUAUUUACUUUUUAAGGCUUGUUAACGCAUCUGUCCAGCAUGAUUUACUUCUGCAGCUGCAGACCUGAGCGCAGCAGAGAUCUGACCUCAUGCUCGCUGUGACUCCAGACCUGAAAUUGCAGGAUACAAAUCACAAGUUGCUCUUUGUUUUCACAUUACUAACAUUUGGGUGGAACUAAAUGAUUUUAUUAAGUAGCUUUAUUGCAGUAAUGUUUAUUAGAGAUUAAGCUAAGUCUGGCAUAAUAAGGGCUGUAAACAGAGAACACAGCAGACUGCUGUGAUUUAACACAGAUAUUACUCGAUUUGGAAAUUUGUCUGAAACUCUCACUUUGCUUCAAAUAGCGUCUGGUCUGAUGUCAGCGUAAAUUAUAAGAUUUAACUGCUCCAUAAAAGUUAAUGACCAUUAUUUAUCAGCAAGGGGUAAAUAUGGCUGCUGAGCAAAGCUAAAUGAUUGUCUCUCCAGGUAAUUAGAAUUUACGCCCACAAUGCCGAGUUUCCUACAUAUAAUCUGUUCUGGGUCAAAAGCUACCUUAAUUAUUUCAUCUCACAAAAAAACAACACAGUGGAGGAGUUAGAGUCGAUGCUACAUGUGGACCACCAAUGUUGCAAAACCUUUGAAUACGUAGGAUCACAUUUGUCAAGUGCUUUUUGAUUGAUGCUACACAGUCCUCAAUACACUAUUGUUAAAAACAAGCCUGUUAAAGCUCCCGUGGGGAAUUUUAGCUCGCUAUUAAACAAAGUGAAGUGAACGCUAAUGCCUUUAUAUGAUCCAUGAAAGCAAAUAAGCCUACCAGAAAGAGGACUGAUUAUUUUUGGGUAAUAAAUGUUUUAAUGCCUGUAACUGCUACUGUUGAGUUUAAGUCAGAAAAGGCAUCGCACUGCAUGCUGCUUUUCAAUUUUCUUCACUAAGUGUCCUGAAUAAAAAGAAACAAAUCUUGAGUUACAGGAAAAGUAGGGCGGUUAAUUUCAUGGAGACAUGCAGCACAGAUAACUUAAAUCCUAUAAGGCUGACUGGUAGGGAAACAGCUUGUACUAAAACAUACUUAAGUGUCAAUCAAAGGUCAUCAAGAAAGAACCAAGUAGAGCUUGUCAAGUGGAGUUCUUAACAAAAUCAACUGAGAGUGAACAUUGGAGCUCCAGAUCGAUGAUGAAAAGCACUCAUGAUAAGAGAGGACUGGAAAGAGAUCCAGAUGUGCUUCUCUUAGAUUGGGUUUGGUUGGUUUCACUAUAGUGGUCAAUGUGACGUUGUUUAAAGACUGUACUAAAGACUGUACACUCAACCUCUGGGUAAAUUACUCUCAAACAGGUUAGCCUGAAACUUGUGAGAUGUAUACCAAGUAUAAUCCUCCAUCUUACAUCAUUCACCAUCAUAAAGUCUGUCUUUUGUUUUCAAUAAUCGCUCUCUCUCGGUGCAUUUAGUGCAGAAUCUUACAAAACACAAAAACAGAUGUGUUGAUGCCACUGGCGGUUCAACAACAUGCUCCCAUAUGAGAUGCUUGUUAUAUGUUUACAAAAAGUAAUAGAUUUUUUUAACAUUCAGGUGAGUUUAUCGCAAAAAUUAUACUUGUGAACAUUACAUUACAUUUCUGCUUAGUCUGUCUUGCUGAAUGUCACUUCAUUCUCAACUCUGUACCUUUUGAGACUGACACACCUGUUGCUAAUUUAACAGUAAGAAGCUGUGUUUUUUUUAUGUAAGUUUUGCUUUGAGGUUUGCUUGUGGUUACUGAAAGAAAUCAGGGAUCUGUUAUCAAGUUUCCUUAUUAAAUUCUUUGAAAAGUAGUUCAAAUGAAACGUCAUCUUAAUAAAAGGCCUUUGUGCUCACAGCGGCACAAUUUCAUCAAUUUUUCAGGUCUAUUAUUAAUAACAAUCUCAUCUCUGACUCACUCAACCGAAAGACAGGAAUGUAGGACUGCCUGAAAAGAACUUUGGUGUUUGACUCAUCCAAGUCAGUGUUAGAUAAGCCUAGAGAAAAAUAACAUUUUGCAGGUCAAACUCUUCCUAGUUUAAUAAAUGGUUCAAACCAAGCAAUAUGACAUACCAUAUCUGUCAUAUCAUCUAAUGCAACUACAGUCUUAAGCUGCCUCCCUGAGAUUAUAGGAGUCUGUCUCACUGUGCCUGUACUUGACAGCAGAACAGUUUCUGGAGGGCCUCACACGAUUUAAUGGUCGUGGAAAAACUGAGCUCACUCUGAAAUAGUAAAGGCACUGACAGCAAACCGGGAGCGUAAUGAACCAUCCUGCAGUUUAUGACUGAUGCACCUAAUACUCACAGCUUCACAUGAUGCUGUAUCUUCCAUACUCUAUAUAAUUAAUGAAAACCUGCUGCAGAAUAAUGAGGAGAUCUGGAAAAAGAUGAACAGACAACUUUUCUCCUUUAGGCCUUUGACUGACUCAUUUUCAAAUGCGACUGAUUUUAUUCAAUUUUUUAUCUUUUCUGGAGGGCAGAUUUGUUGCAGAUUGUAUUAUCUAAUAGAUAUUCUUGUAUCAACCUGUCUUUAUUUUUCAGGAGGGGUAAAAGAGAAGCCACUGGUUUUCCACUCAAAGGUGAAAUCAUCUGGAUAUACCAGUGCUCCAAGGUUGGUUCACAGGGGAAACUUUUGCCUUGAUUGCAUCGUCCAAAAAGAUAAUUUAAAUGCAAUAAAAAUUGAUCUUUGCAACUUAUUCAUUAGGACAAAAUUACACCCUGUCCAUCCAUGAGCAAUGCAAUAACUAGACUUUGAAUAUCAUCAUUUUCAGAGGUAAAAUAAGUGACUGUGCACCAGCCAACCUUAGCUUAAAAGUGGCAUUAUGUGGCUGUGUGCUAAAGCUAACAAUAACCACUUUUGUCAGCUUGAGCUUGCCAUUAAACUUUCCCCACCUGUCCUGACUAAUAGGAGCUUCACAUGAACUUCUCUGAUCAGACACUGAUUUAUUUGUCACUCUUGCAUCUGCAUUUGAGUUAACAUCACAUCUCCAGUUAUCAUCCUGCAGACUUCAGGAGAUCAGUAAGAGAAAUGACCAUGUUUGGGUUUGAAUUAGGGGAUAUCAGUUUUCCAAUCGCCAACAGUAGCUGCGUUAACAUGGGCACAAACUUCUAAUCCGAAUGAAGCCUGGCCGGGCCACCCUGUUGCGUGAAUCACUUGAUGUUCCUUCCCACCAUGAUGGGAUGAUGUUCCAUCAUGCAAUUCAGCUCAAUCGGAAAGGAAUUGUAUUCUCAGGAUGGCCUGGCCAGGCUAUGUCUACGCACGCCAUGAUCGGAUUAUUUGAUUUUGCACCCAUAUAAACAGUGGAUUUAGAUUAUCCGAUCCCUCAAAUCUUCAUCAGAUCAAGAAAUUUUGCACAUGUUAACAUGGCUAUUGAUACCAACAGUGAAAGAAAAUCACAAUAUUUUCUGUGUUGUCUUUUCAGAAGGACCAUGUUUUCACCCAAAACUAAUGUUGAAAAGAAUGCAUUUCCUAAAAAGGAUCACAAAAAUAAGUAAGUAGUACCAUCAUUAUCAGAACAUACAAUGCUUAAUUCUUCAACUGUUAUUUUUCCAUUUAUACUUAAUUAUUUUGUCGUUUAGAGAUGCACUUCUCAGGGAUUAUCCAGCAGACAGUGCAGCACCUACUACACCACAUAUUCAUCAGAGCACUGGAAACAAACCAGUCUACUGCCUUCAGUACUCAGGUGAGGUUACUUCAGUACAAUAACAUAAUUAAUCAGUCAUAAGAAGAUUAAAAGCACCGCUCGACUAAAAGAAAACUAUCUGUCAUACUCCACUGAGAGGUUGAAAUAACAUAACAGUAAUAUAUGGAGUCUAACCUCCUACAAAUAGAUAUUUUUAGGAUAAAUGUUUUUAUUUUGGAUCUGACACUUUGUCUCCCUCCUAAGAAAUAUUUUCAUAGUUCAGUCGACAACAAAUCAGCUUGACUGAGAAAUCCCAUUAAAAGAAGUCUUUGUGUCCUUGUCUCUGCCAGGUGAUGGAAAACAAAUCUUGUGUGGUCUUGGCGACAGCUCGGUGUUAUUGUAUAAGUCUUCCCUCACUGGCAACCCGACUGUCUACACAGGUGUGUGAGAUGGGCAUGAGCACUCAUAGCAUAAAGAGCUAUAAGUCAUACAGCCUUCAGCCACUUUGGUGGUUUUUCAACAAUGCAUGUAAAUGUUUGACGAUAUUUCUUUUAUUUUGUCUAAAAGGUUUAUUUGGUGAAGUAUUCAUGGUGUCCCUUCCCACAUGACCACAUUUUAAAGCUGUUCAAAGUAGAAUCACCACUCGUGUUUUUCAAACCAUGACAGGUUCAUCCCCAGCUCGGGUUUAAGUCCACCAUAUUUGGGCAGUUCUGAUUAACAUUCUUUGAAUUGGAUCCAUGGCUUGAGAUGAAAGACCUUCAGGAAUAAUCCAAAUAUUCACUUUUAAAGCCGUCUUUGUCAAAAUAGUAGAUAAGGAGUUUUCUUUCACUCGUUUUUAUACUGAUUUCAGUCCAAAGCAAUAAACUGGGACGUCCUAUCUCUGUUUUUGUUUAACAGUUAAAACCAGGCCAUGGAACAAAAAGAGAUAAAAAGAUUUCCACUGAGGUCAGAACUAUGUAAUAAAUAGGUUUUUUUGCACACUCAUGUGCAUUAAAGCAUUAUAAAGAGCAGUCAAUUCUUCCUGUGCAGUGAAGAAUCACUAAUGGGUAAAAAAAAUAUAAAGCACUUAUUGCAGGUGGACCUCAGUCUCCACAGGGGGGCAGCAGAGGAAGAAGGACAGGACUGAAGGUGACCUGUAGGUCACUCUGAGCCUCUUCUCCUCUCUCUGACUGAUUCUCUGAACAGGUCUAUAAAAGUCAAUGUUGCAGCCACACACUAUAUGUUCUGGUUGAACUGGAAUCUCACUUUAAUACAGGACAUGACAAGCCAGUGAGCAGUGUGAGCUGGAGCCUCAACAGACAGUGGUGGCUGAGUGCAUCAGAGGACCAGUCACUGCGGGUCUGGACCCAUGCUAGCCCAGAACCUGCCAUUAUCAUGGUAAAUUACCCGUGCAUUGACCGACACACACUUGUGUUUUUGCUUUUUAUUGUUGAUUUUAGUCAGUGAUUAUUUCAAGUCCAAGUCCCAGCCGUGAAAACACACUGAAAUGAAGAACAGCUACAGUGACCUCAUGUUUAAAAUAUGUCCUCACUUUGAAGAUCUUAAUACUCUAAUUGGUGUAGAAGAAAACAAAGGAACUACAGACACGUGCUGUACACAUUCUCACUCUCACUCCUGUUUUUCUCAGACUGCUGUGAUUGCUGAAAGUUUUUGCUCUUAAUUGCAAGGUUGUAAAUGAGGCCUUGAGGCUUCACUUGAAUGACAGUAAAACAGUGGUUGCUAUUGUAUCCGCAGGGUUUCUCUUCGUGUUAUCAUUUGAUACAAGCUAAACCGUCUGGUGGAAUUAAAAACCAGAAAUCCAAAUUAAUUAGGGGCGAUGAAACAGCGUCUUGGCUCAAAGACGGGGAUUCUGUCAUUCUUAGCAGCAUCUGCUGGGCUCAGAGGGUCCAAGACUCCGAUCAUCUGCAGAAACUCCUGACUUUAUUGGGUAUCACGUUUAAUAGGACCGUCAGAAGUGUGUCUGCUUCAUCGUGCCAAGUGAAAACUCCGGGGUCUUCCUGUAGCUGAUCCUAACCAUCCCCGCUCUGCUCCGUGUAGUGAGAUUGUUUUGAGCUCUCUGCGCUCUGAAGUCUUUGACUGCUCUGUGUUCUUGUGAAAGAACUUGGCAACUGAUGUAGGUCUUUGAAGGGACAACAGAUCUGUUGGGGUGAGCCAGAAUAACACAUAGCUUUAUAAAUUUAUACCUGUAAACCUGAAUAACAUGACCUACAUAGUUUUAAACUCUUUCAGAUGUCGGUGGAUCUAAAAGAGCAGCUGAUCUGUGUGCAUCCGUUACCUUGAUCUAUGCUUUAUGCAGUUUUGUGCAGUACGGGUAUUUUGCCUGUCGCAGAAGUUCUCGGACUUUCUGAUGAUGAUACUUUUCCUCGAGUGUACUCCCUCCCCUUAGAGAAGGAUUUUCUUUCUCCCCCAUUUUCCACUUGGUGUGAAAAAGUUGAACUCAGUGAACUAUGAAGAUGUAAAAUGAGGAGACGCGGGUUUUUGAGUGUAUCGGGAAUCUAAGUUGUGCAUUAAAAGAGUAGAUCUUCCAUCAUUAAUGCGAAGAAUGUUACUUUUACGUGAUUGGAUAAUAUUGACAACAUAGUAUUUGCUGUUAACCAUUUUAUAUCUUAAAGGUGCAGCGCGGGGAGUGGGCUGACAUUUAAAACCACAGUGUGGACAAACUAGAGAACUUGUCUUUAGACCCGUGCAAAGUGCACUGGUUGGCAAAGACAGUGGUUGUUGUGCACAAUAGAACUGCUACUAAUAUAAAUUUCUGUGGGUAAAAGCAUAACAACUGGAGGGGUGAGCAAGGAAGCGUGUCAGUUUGGAAUCAGACCAUUAGAUAUCAAAAGUUCCCAUUUCUGUAGCUGUUGCUUGCUUUUAAUCUCAAAGAUAAAAUAAAUUAACAGCUGGACAAAGAUGCUUAAGAUCAGAAUUUUACACGAUCUUAGUUUCUAUUAGCAUUGUUUAUAUAAGUAAAUGUAUUGAAGUGUUUUAUUAAAAUUUCUAAAUCAGUUUUACCGUCAUUGUUGUAAUAUUUCCUGUCUUGAAUUUUGUGUUUUUUUAUUUUUUUCCUUUUAGGGUGACAGCACGUUUUCCAAACCCAUUAGAGGUGCUCAGUUUUAUUACCUCGACAAAUUUAUCCUCCUGGGAUCAGGACCCUCACUCUACCUCUACCUCUACAAUGUGGACAAUACAAGGGAUGACAUUAAAAGGUAGCUACAGUGAUUAUAGAUGGUACAUACCAUAGUUAGUGGUGUUGCAUUGACGUUAAAAGUCUGAAAUGCACAAAUCAGUAUUGAGAAAAGUGUUGCUACCAGGAAUUAAUCACACGCUCUGCUUCCAAGGAUUCAUAUUUCAGCCCGCUACAAUAACAUCUCCAUCCUAAGAUUGUACGGUAUGACACCAGAAAUGUUCUCUUAGGCUGUACAAACAUUGUGCACAUUUAAUCAGGGGUACAUUUCUUACAUAACACAUUGUUAUAGAGUCAUUAAAUACAAAAGAUAUUAAACUGUGUUGCACAAUGACCUAGCAUGCACUGAAACCGCAGAGUUGCACAGUAAGCUGUUUGUCUCUGAUCAGUCAUGAGGAGGAUUUAAUACUUUAAGGGUACAAAGAGGAUCUCUUCAGACCUUUAAAACAUUACUCUGCCUCUGUGUUCAAAUUUCUGCUUUAAUGUUUCACCUUUUUUAAGUUAUUCUGGGAGUUAGCUUUGCUCUGUUUGCGAGCUUUGCUACUAAUUUGAUUGGGCUCUGGCUUUAUUUAUCCUUUAGAUUUGACAAUCUUCACAACCCAGAAUGCCUUAUGUUGUGCUGUAAGCUUUCAGGGGUUGUUCUGGAGUCUAUAUAUUCUGUCCUUUAGCAGUAAAUGUUGAUUAAAUGUUGGUUGUAUUGAGACUUUUACUGGGUUAAAAGUUGUUGUAACAUCUUCUACGUCUUAGAUACCAUCAGCGGAGUGUUGUCGAAUUGGCAAGGCGCUUUACGACAACAUCCACAACAGACAUCACCGCCUUGUCUGCCAUCAAUGAUUUCUACUCUCGUAUCCUUUUUCCUGUUAUUGUUUCUGUUGUCGCAGCAGGAGGCGUUUCGCUUUAUACUGCAAUAAAACUAAGGUGGGCAAACAAUUUCUCAGGCAUCUCUACUUUGAGCAUCUCUUUGGAUCACUUCCAUGUAAACCACAGUAAUCAGUCUGAGCUUCAUAAAGUCUUCAAAUGCUGCCUCGAGGCUUCCACCACCGACUUUACCUGUAAACCAUCAAGUUGUCUUUAAUUUUUCAGGAAUGUCUGCAUUCCAGCUUGUUGUUUGGGGUUUUGUCUUACAAUAAACUCCCUCAGCUAAAUUGGGCCGCAUUUGGAUGAAUGAGCCCCAGUCAGGAGUCAUGUUGCAGCAAUGUGACUUUACCUAGCAAACUGAAGAUGAAAAUACACUGGUUACAAAAAGUGCAGUUCAUACACUGAAUAAGUGAAUGAAUCUGUCAGAUUUCAUCUUUUUAAAUUGAGAUUUUCUUAAAGUAAAAAGUGAAUUUGAAUUAAAACUCAAAAAGACUCCCCUCACUUCUAUAAUGACAUAAAAAGAAAGUCAGGAAAGGUAUCAGACUGGGGCAUUAAAAUAUAUUUAAAACACUUGCAGACUUGCUGACAUUUGAAUACUUCUGCGCAGCAUGGAAAGAUGAUUCUGGCUGAAAAAGCAGACUGUCAUAUUUGACUAUCUGCUUAACUCAGCACUAACUUCUAAUGCUGGCCUAAGUGCAAUAUAGGAAAGUUGAGACUCUCACCAAAGGUUAUCUAGCAAUCCUGCUCCAAAUUUAACAAAAAUCUGAAGAUAAGGCUCAUUCCAGUUUCAGCUACAGCAGGACUAAAGUGUCUUAAUAACGAAGAUGAUGUUUUUCCUAUGAGCUUUUCCAGACAUUGUUCUGGUGUGUGGUUCAGAUCGGUCCCUUCAGGUAUUCGACAUGAACAAAGGUACCAUCGCCUCAGAGCUGCCCGACGCCCACAGCAGAGCAGUCCACUGCAUCACACAGAUCAAGGUAAGGCUAUAUUAUUCCUCCAAUGAAAACAGACAGACUAAAAGGAAGAUAAAAGUAAAAUAAAAAUAAAUUAAAAAGUGAUUAUGAUCAUCUGAUACUGGUGGGUACGACUUGAGAGCAAAAGUAGGGGGAAGAAAGAAUCGUAGUUACACUAGCUUCCCAGCUGUCAUAGGGUGUUAGGCCAGGUACACUCUGGUCGGGCUGCCAGCCUAUCACAGGGCUGACAUGUGGGGAAAAAAGCCAUUUACAGCCAAUUUAGAGUGACCAAUUAACAUGAUAGGCAGGUUUGUGGACCGUGAGAGGAGAGUACCUGAAGAGAACCUGAAACCCCCACACAGAAAGGCCCCUAUCCAGCCUGGGAUUUGAUCCAAAAACCCUCUUGCUGUGAGAGGACAGUGCAAACAACUUCCCCAUUUUUCAGCCCAAUAAGUCCCCCUUUAUUGGGGCGUAAUAGUCAAAUACUCACAAUGUACUUAAACAGUAAUAAAAAUGGAAGUACUGUGCUUAUGUAAAUUUACUUUGAUGCGAUCUAGUCGCAAACAUCAGCUGGAAAAAGAAGAUAAUCCCCAGCACUUUUUUUUUAAUGUUUUAAAUCGGCACGUUUUGACGGGCUGCUGUUGUUAAUCAAGUAACAGCUUUCACCUCGCUAAGACCCGCAGAUUUUUAAUAAAAUUUAAAUUCAGCUGUGACAGCAACUGUGAAGCGAACGAAACGACAUAAGCAUUGGAUAUCUGGUAAUUGCUUAAACUUUUAGGGAUGAGCAAUUUUAAAAUACUAAGAACUCGACUCGAUUGUUUCUCAUUAUUUCUCGUUUUAAGAUCAGAUCUUCUAAACAGGUCCAAAAUGAAAACAGAUGUAGAAGGCAGUGUGCCUUGGCUUAAAGUGACGUAAUUAAGUAGCAUUUAUAAAGAAAAGUGGAAACUAUUGGGUUUAAACUCUGUAGUGUCUGUGACUGAUAAGAGGAUAACUUAGUUAGAAUAUCAGAAGGACUUUUAAUCCACACGUGUCCAACUGUUACGUCAUUCUUAACGAAGGAAAUUUGCCUUUUCUUGACAAAUGCUUGUCUCUAAUGCAUCUGAUUUUCACCCAAUCCUCCUUUUUCUUAAGUGGUUUUGUUGCCAAAUAUGAUAACCCUAGCUCGGCAUCAGUUGGUGGUGAGAGCCUCGUUUACAUCCUCCUCUUGAAGGGUCUUCGUCUUGGCAAAUGUUCCAGUGUUACAUAAGACAUCAACGAGAGUUUUUAAAAGUUACAUAAGGCGCAGAUUGUCUUUGAGGGAAUAGAAACGUUAGCCGGUGGUGUGAAGGAAGAAGGUCACGGUCAAAAAAAAGGUCAUGGUUAGUGAGAAGUUUCCAUGACGGACAGACGGGACCUGCCGUCAGCAGGAUCGUUCAUCUUGCUGAGUGUUUGAAUGCGAAUCCCCGGUGUAUCAGGAUUAAGACCGCCGCAGAAGAUGUCAGGAGGAGAUUCCAUGCUGGAUGAUGGCCUUGGAGUUAAGCUGUUCCAUGAUGCACUUUGGGUUUAUAUAGCCUUACUCCCCCAUCACUGUCUUGGACCAAUGUGGGCCCAAUUUGCUGGUGUCUAACAAGUAGACAGCUUGGGCCUGUUUCCACCUCCAUUAUGGUGUUAUGAAGAGUGUAAUAAUGCAUCACUCAAAAUGAAACUUUGAACGCCGGUCAUAAAUUCAUGGAUUGGGGUUUUUUCUGCAAAGCAUCAACAGCUCUGUAUGGCUAUCGUAUUUUAGUGAGUAAUGAGGGUCCUGGUUUCUCUCUCUCCAUAUAAAGUCAUAUGAAUGUUUGCCAGCUUUGCAACUGCAACAAAACCCACAGUUUUUCGCUGAAUCUUACAUAACUCGCUGGAAAACAGAGAAGUGAGUAUUUUUGCGAGAGAGGCUUGAACCUUGUGACCCCUGCGUAUUGACUUUACUCACCUUUGCAUGUUGACCUGUGCAAACUUGCCUCUCAUGCCUGCCUGGAUUAGUUGGACAAACAGCAGCUAGUGGCGUGGAUUAAAUCCAUUAACCCAUUCAAGUGCGAUGCACCCGUACAUGCAGCUGACUCCACUCCUUCAACCCAUAGACGUCUGUUCUUUGUCACGCCAGGCUUUUGUGUGCCAUACAUUGCGGAGUGUUGUUUCAGCUUGGGCUGUUGUGUCAAUGUGGGGUCCUCCAUCUGGAUGCCCAAGGGCCUUUUUGAUGGCCUGCAGGGUUAAUACCUGCGGAUCAGAGGGAUUGCCCCUGCCUGAGGACUGCACACAUAACAUCACUCUUCCCCUCGCUCGUGCUCCCGGACAAAACAUCAGGAACUGCAGCAUGUGAGGCAGCUUUUCCCACUUCAAAUUUCCAUGGCUCCUUCUGCAAGGUUCACCUGGAACUCAUCAGAGCAGAGGAGUUCUCGGAAAAUGGAACUGGAAAUGCCCUCUCAGACUGCCGUUCUCACACUCUUAAUGGAAAUCUAAACAAAAAGCACUCCCAUCACUCUCGCUCCGUCACACACACACUCUCCACUGUAUCAUCUGAUCACUUGGUGUGAUUGUCAUUCAUGAAUCUAUGUAUGGACACUUGGUGGAAACUAAUUUAGCUCCAUAAAGUGCACAGAAAAACAAUUAACCGAUUUUCUUUCAGCCUCUAAUUCUGACAUUUUCUGUUAUGUUACCUGCUGAUACCUCACUGAAGCCACGAUGUGAAAACUAUUUGCUGAUUUAAGACGUAUAACAACUUUCCCAGUAUUGGACAAUGAGAUUUACAACCUGUUUCAGCCAAGCAUGUGCUGACUAGUCAUUUUUUCUCUUUGUGUGUAUUUCCCAGGGCUCCAUGUUCAGCGCACAAGCACCGGAUUCGUACAACCUCUUCCUCACCAACGCAGUCACAGAUGGUAUGAAGAUUUGGGACCUCCGCACACUUAGGUUUGUAUUUUUAUAGUCUUCUCUGUUGAAACUGUAACAGAUACACCUUCAAUGUGGAAGCAGGGUCAGAAAACUGUUAUUUCUGUGUAUUUAUAUUAACUGAAUACGCCUGAACCAGUUCAGCUUCAUGCUGUCCAGAAGAAAAAUUGGACUCAGGAUCAUUUAGCAGAGCGCAGGUGUUUUUGCUGCUCUUGUACUUAAUAAAUUCACUUUUUCGACACAUUUUAGACACUUGGCAAAACAUUUUAAACUCUGAUUUGCCAAGAUUACAGACCUUUAAUCUUAUUUAAGUGGUGAAAAUACAGUUGUGACAUGUUGUAGAACAUAUUUUAUCGUAUAAUUCAGAGAACUUUAUUUUGAGGGUGAAAGGAGGACAGAAUUGGGUUUUGUGACAGUGCGUCUUCAAAGUAGUUUUCCAGAGAUAGUUUUAAGUUUGAAGAAAUAGGAAUAUUUAGUGAAUCCAGAGGUCUGUUUCCCCUGUUACCUUGACGAAACAGUGUCAGCCUUCAGAGAUAAGAAGCGCUUGUUCGCAUGACAGGUAUGAUCCUCUUUUCGUCAAAUUUUCACCAUCAGAAACGUUCAUCAAUACAAAGUCUGUUAUGCACAAAAACAGUCAAAACCCUUUAUUUGUCUUCCUACUGGUACAGUUCAGGUGGAUGGUACGAUUGAACUUUAACUAGUUUGGUUAUUAAGUGCCUCUGUAGAAACAUGGUGGUGCAAGAUGAGGCCUCCAUGGGGAUCAACUCCUUUGUACAUAUAAAAAGCUCAUUCUUGGGGGGUAUUUUGCCUUUAUUAGAUAAGACAUAUGGUUAGGCAGGAAAUACGGGAAGCUCAGAGUGGACAUGCAACAAAGAGUCAUGGCUAGAGAUCGAGCUAGCUACACUAAGUGAUUGUGCACUAAUUUAAACACACUUGAAUAUUGUUUUCCAUUUCUAUCUAUUCUAGUACAUGUGGCUAAAUUCUACACACUGCACCUUUAAAUCUUGGAGUCUUCACGUUUCACAUUUUCUAUACAGUCAGACAAAUGUCCUAUAGUAUUGGCUGUUAAUUAUUGAAAAGAAGUUUCAAAGCAGUUGUACACAUCCUCUACUGAGGCGGUAGAAUGAUGACUGUGUGUGCUCUGGUGUUAAAGCUGAACAGCCUCGACUUUGACAGUAGACAGACCCCUGGAUGCUUAUAAAGUUGAAUGAUACUGAACAACUGGCGUUAAUAGAAGCUGCCAGGCAGUUGAACGUGAUGGGUAGCAGACUGGCACACCAGAAGUCACGAGUUCACAUCCAACCAUCUUCUUUGAGUAAUUUGUUAGCGACUGUAAAGCAAUAUAAUCCAAUCAUUCUGGCCACAAAAGUAAGAGCUGUGGCUUUAAAAUCAUUGUUAAUUUGUGGGUUAAUGUAUGAUCUUAAACAUCUUUGUAUCGACCAUGAAACAUUUUAACAUGUUUCAGCAACACGACAUGUUUUAUUAGAAUAAAUCCCUUUUUUUCCUCACCAAAAUUAAUUUAGAUUUUAUUUUAUUUUUUUUUUCCCUUCUUGAACAUUUUAAGUUAAAAAAGUCAAAGAAAUGAUUAAAAACAAGUAGUCCUCUAGGGGGCGAUGAUGAGGCAGCUGUCGCUAUGGUCAUCAGCGACAUACAGUCUGACACGCAAUACGUGUUUCACAUAAAAACCAAGAAAUGGAAGUGAAAGUUGAUGUUAAAGAAGAAGAAGAAACCAUUUAGAGAACAGCACCCUCUAUUGGCAGGCUGCAGUGCAGGUCAUAAAUCCCACCUCUGCCAGCAAAGCUUAUGGGGCUGUGAACAAACUUUAGAAAUUUAUAACACGGAAUAUGAAUGUUUCUCCCCCCUGGUUGUGAUGUUGACAUGUAGUUACAGUAAGACUGGUUUGUGCUCAAGUCCUCUUUUUUCUGUGCAGCUCCAUUUUCAAAAGUAAUUUGGAGGUUCAGGUUUUCUAUGAUUGACACUUGAUAUAGCCUAUGGGUGUACGACAAUUGCAUAGCUCACCCGGGGAUACGCUGUUUGAGCCGAACGUCAUCACAGCGACUCUUGGCAACUCUCCCGCUGAAUGCGUACAACGCUACUGAGCUCUUUGGCUUCAAAUCUGUAAACUGACGGGAGGCGGAACCAAGUUGUCCAUAGUAUAUAUAGUCUACGGUUCAAACCCUUUGAAAGUCCAACAGUCCACUCCUCCUCCGCAACAGUAAGGGUCCCCACAAUCCGGGAUUACUUUAAAUCCACAAAGGCCGUUUGGGUUUGCACAAAUCAUCCAUGAUCUGUAAGAGCAGGCUUUGAAUCACUCCACCUCAGGAAAGCAAACUCAGUGUAAAUGCUGCUAAUGAUGGGAAUUCAGGCCCUUUUUAAUGAUCCAGAUCAUUCUAGCUCAGCAAGAACUGUUUUUUUUCAGCUCCCAAACAGCUCAUAGAUCCGUUUUUGAGAGCAGAUGUUUAUGACCGACACAUCAUCCCCAACACAGCGUGAAGUCAAGUAAAAUGAAAAUGACAAGGUUAUAGUAAAAUGAAACAGUAGUAAAAGGUUUUCAUUUUCAUUUUUUAAAAUAACACCCAUAUUAACAGUUAAUAAAAAAGUAACCCCAAUAUUUAAAUACCCAUAGAUAAACAGAUCUGUGCAAUAAUACCGCAUACUGCAGGACUGAGCCUGUCUGCAGCACAGCAGGGGAAACGCUCUCACUGCUGAAGAAAGAGAGAAAAUCUUGAUUCUAAUUUUUAGAAAUCAUCCUGAAUCCCAAACACGAUUCAAUGGAUCAAAUCAAUUUAUCACUCAGCCCUCAGCCAAACAUGUGUUUUUAAUGUUUUUUUUAAAGGGAAAACUGCUCUCUGGGCUGGCAUUGUUCUCUGUAAUAUGUUGCAUUUGUGUGUUUACUUUACAUCCCAUGCCUUUAAUCUCAGAGUAGUCGAGGAGUAGAUUCAUUAAAUCAGUCAAAAUUUCACCUCCUUCGGCGGCACAACUGUUAAAGCUCAUUUAAGUUGAAUAAUUACUGUUUUUUAUUCCUCUGCUUUUCCAUGGAGUGAAAAAUUACCUUACGAACUAACGAGAUUAAACAUUUUCCCUAACAUAAACAUUCCUCGUUUGAUGAGGGAAUAAGCAAUCAUUAACUGUCUGAGGCGCAUGUCUUUGUCUUUGGCUCAGAGAAGUAGGGAUCCUUAUAAGGCUGCUAAUUCAAGUAGACUCUCUUGGAUUUAAGAAUGUUCCCUUUGGCCUCCAUGGAAAGCAUUAUUGAGUAUUUUGGUCUUUCUUGUCUGAGACUGCUUCCAUGUUUUAACUCCUCAUCCCAGACUCUAUCAAAACCUCAUUUCUAUCUGAUAAAUAUUUGUGCCUGGUUUUCAGGUCAAAUCCUGGUUCUCAGACCUGUUUUGAAGCCCCCCUCAGCAGACACGGGUCCUCUGGGGUGAAACAUAUGGAUCUAUGAAAACAAACAGGGGAGCACGUUUUUCAUUUUGUCCGCUCGGUUAAUUUUAUUUCCUGUCUUUAAUAAACCUCACGUGUGGAUUCCAUAGCUCGUGAUCACAAGGAGAGUUACAGUUCACAUUGUUAACAUUCAUAUGAGUUUAUUUUAUGUGGUUCCUUCAGAUAAUGUAAGUAGUUACAUCAAUUCUCAGCUUUAGGUCUGAUACAAAGAAUGGACUUCCUGAAAAACCCAAAAGAUUUAUUAGAAAACAAAUUAAGGCAGUCAAAUCAAAAGCAAACUUUUAUGUCGGUCGAUUGAAAAUACCCACAAAAUUCCUCAAUUAGUAACCAUCAGCAUUAACAUCCCACUCCCUUCGUUAGUAGCUACUAAUCAACUAAACAAAUGACUAAUAAUUUUAAUGUUGCAGGUCUACAACGACAGUCAUAGUGCCGCCUCCUGCCAUCAGCUCCAGUUAGUGGCUGCUGCAGUAAUGCGGUCAUGAUCUGCUUCCUCCUACCUGGAUGUAAACACACAGAUGAGAGAUGGUUUCCUGUAGUGUAGGUCACCUUGGUAGUGUGUCUGGUUAAACUGGCUUAUCAAUACUUGACUAGAGCGAUGUGUAACCCAGGGUGACCAUGCGUCCUCUUUUACCCGGAUAUGUCCUCUUUUGGGGGGGCUGUACGGAGUUGUCCAGCUUUGUGCGGGGAAGUUUAUAAAAUUAUUCAAAUGUCCGCGGUUUUUGACAGAAGUUUUGAGUUUGUGUCACGUAGACUUGCUGAGUUAGAAGUGCUUAAAAGACACUCGAUCCGACCUGAAAAACUCUAAAUUAACUUCGUGCAACUCCGUGACUCCGUCCCCGCGUAGUUGUGUCCUCUUUUUUGGUGUUCAGAGUAUGGUCACCCCAGUGUAACCAGCAUGUGGAAGCUAACCCGCGAGGAGGACCAAAGUCUGGUAGUGCUAGCUCUGCUAUUGUUAGUCAUGCUCUGCCAACCAGGUUGACAUUACUUAGCUGUGUCAAUUAAAUUGAAAUCAAUUAUGACUUUUAGACUUUAGUAACCCUCUCAGAUGGAAAUCAGUUGCCUUGGAGCAGGCAUGUCCAAACUAUUCCACAAAGGGCUGGUGUGGCUGCAAGUUUUUCUUCCAACCAAUCAAGAGCAUGCAGUCUGACCAAUCAGCUGUCUGAAGACUGAGAUCAGCUGAUGAAAUGAAUCAAGUCUGGUUUGCUGCUGCUUGGUUGGAAGAAAAACCUGCAGCCACACCGGCCCUUUGUGGAAUAGUUUGGAUAUGCCUGCCUUGGAGCAUCCUCAAAAGUUAACGCCAAGAAGUACCUCGUCCUUGAGUUAUCAAAUUUGUCACAGUCAUCUGGAAGGAAAUGUCCACAAACCUUUUCCACUUGGGUCAAAACUAGAGUUCUAACUUAGGAAAGAAAUUUGGCUUCCUGUAAUCUCUCUGGAGGUUAAAGAGACGAGGGAUUUCCCAGCAAAACCUGAUUGAUUAAACAGUCACGUUAAAUCUGGCAUCAUGAUUUUAUCAGAGCCAAUUACAAUGACGUUGAGCAUCAUUGUAAUUAUCUGUAAACACUCUUGAUGAAGAAAGUUUUCCCUGUUCGUAUUACUCUUGGUCACACCCAUUAUAAAACAACCAACAGUAUAAUAGUGUUCCUGUAAAACUCCACCGGCAAGAGUUCUUAGUCACAAAAUUAGCCUUGUAAUGUCGUUCUUUAAUCAAAACGGGGUUCUUCCAGGAAUCUCUCAAUAGUAAAUGCAUACUUGACUCAUUGGAAAGUUCUGGAGCUGAACGCUUAUUUGAUUUUUGCUCUCUUACCUUAACUCUCCUUACCCUUUCCUUUUCAGACAGAAACACAAACAUGCUUGAAACCCACGUGUAUCCGCUGGGACAGAUAAAAUAAGGUUUAUGGUUUUUGAAGCUUUGGCACAUUUUGAGUCUUUGGAACGAUAUCAACCAUUUGAUUGGCCGCAGUUCCUAAAGCAGCCACUCUUAAUCGGCCUCUGACAUUUUCAAAUGAUAGGUUCACGUGAGGAAGAAUUUGGGGGGUCCUUUAGCGUGGGAUCAGACCAGAUCGGAUACUGAUUCUUGAGAUAGAAAGAGCAGAUGGUGGCCUGUUUCGUCUUAGUUCAGAGUUCCUUGAUCUGGUUAAAUUUCCAUCCUCUGAUAAAUAGAAACAGGGCAACAUAUUUUUCAUAUAAUGUAUGCAUGUUUACUUAUAUCAAAUGACACAAGGAACGGUACGCUUUCACCUGAUUUGCACUGACACAGUUAAACUGGGUGACAUAUUUUGGCUGUAUGAAAUAAGCUAUGAUUAUCCUGCUGAUUACCGCUGAAUACCCAGGUGGAUUCAGUAACAGUAUAGGCUCCACUUUAAGAGGAUCAAACCCUCAAGUGCAGUCUGUGUUUGUCAUCAGGCAAAUACCAGAGAGUCAUCACUCACCGAACACGGACAAUGCGUGUGUGUGGGGGAAUCGGCUCCAGCGGCAUCUCCUCUCUCCCAGUCAAAACAUCAGAUCUACGUUCUGACCUAGAAAACCAGAAGAGUGUUUACACAUCCUGGUUAACCUGUUUCUUAUCAGUGUGAUUGUGACAGGUUGUGUCGGCUCUGCUGUCGGCCUGACUGCCCAGAUAUACCAAGGGGAUUUUCAAACAAACACAAGUUUAAGAGAAUCAAGUAGCUCUGACAAAGAUUAUAAAUUGCCUAUUUGACUUUAAAUAUACUUCUUAAUAAAAGACAAUCUGAAUGAAAUCAGAAACACUAUUUAAUUUUAGCCCAGAUCACAAAAAUAUGGGUGGAGCACCUUGAAACUUAUGUCGUUUAGUAUUAAUAGUGCCUCUCCUAAACAUGGAUGCUGCAACAAAGUGUCCAUUAUAUCCAAUAAGUGUUAGGUUUUCAUUCAUAAACCUCAGGACAGUUCACUUGGUUUACAUUUUCUGGACCAAAUGGAAGUGGUUCUAGGCAAAUGCAGUGAUUUCCACUCCAGAGUCAUGUCUGUUUUUAACGCAGUGCCAUUUUAGGGCCCAGGAUGUCAUGAUCUGGAUUCAAACAAAAAGGGAAAUGGCCCAAAAUGCAGAACAAAAAGGAUUUAUUUAAAAGGAACUAAAAGAAAAGCAACAAAAUCCCAAAUGCCAAAAACACAAGAAGCAAAAUCCAAAGAAACAAGAAUUAUUGGGGGCAAAAUCACAUGGAGCAACAGGAGACACAAGCAAAUGCAUCGACAUACAAUCAGUUAACUAACAAGGACAGAGGAGAAGACAGGGACUAUAUACACACUGGGAAACGGUGAGGCAGACGAGACUCAGGUGAAACUCGUUAACUGAUUAACAAAGGAGGGGAAACUAGGGAAGUAAAACCAGACUAGAAACACAAGGAAUUGACUACUACAAAAUAAAACAGGAAACACUGAAAACUGAGCUAAAGAAUAAAACACAGAGAAAAGGAGAGAAAAAGGGUCAAACAAAAACUGAAAACUCACAAGACAGGAUCACAGGAACAACAGGGAACAGAAACGCUAGGAAAAACACACAGAAUGAACUGAAAUAAAACCAGGAACUUAUCUAAACAGAACAUACCAUGACACAGGAUUCCUCUCUCAGAGUGGACAACCUCUUCAUAUAAUGACAUCCACAGGACUUAGCCCCUCUGGAGCACCCUCUUUAUACCCCUCAUGUCACUUACUUGAUACAAAUGUACCUUAUUUGUAGAUGUUUGUCCAAGUUUUACUGGCAUGAAAUUUCUUAAAACAAAAAGCUUUUCAGUUUAAACAUUUGUUGUGAUGUCUUUAUGCUAUUUUGGAUACCACACUGGGUUCAAAUGAUUGGAAAACCAAUUCAAAGUUGCUUAUAAUCAGGAUUUUACACUGUAUUCCAGCUUCCCUGAUGUUAAUUUUUACUGAUUGUGUUUCAAACUCUGCCUAUAGCUCACCCAAACUCCUCUCUUUCCAGUUAGGUUGCCUUUUGUAUAUUUUGGUAUUUGAGCUGAGACCUACCGUCUAAUUAGGUUUUCAGGCGCAGCCAAAGAAAACUUAUGUCUUUUAAAAUGAGCGCAUGUAAAAACUUUCAGAAUUGCCACAAAUUGGAACCAAGUGAGACAACCACUUAAAUAAUACAACAUUAUAAACUUCAUAAUGUUGUUAUUCAUUGCUAAGCGAUUGCAUUAACCUGCUAACUGGUUCUGAGAAAACAUCUGAUUUUUUUAUAGUCACCAUUGAAUGUGACCUACUUUCAGUCCAGCUUAAUGACAUAAACAUGUGAAUUAAAAAAAAGCAUGCAGUCUGAGCCCGGCCCUGCCAACAUGCCAGCCCGUAGAGACCCUUGCUCAGCUAGCUUUUAGUGACAUUGUAAAGACAUUACAUGCUGCUGCAAAGCAAAACAAACGGCACAGGAGUUGCACAAGGGGGCUAUUUGUCAUCAGAAACCUUCUUUUUCCUCUGUUUUGCUUGAGUCAUGCUCAAGUUCGUGUCUUCAGCUGGAUCAGAUGUUUGUAAAACGUGAAGUUUGGAGUGUGGCACGUUGCUCGUUGUUUAUUACAGUCAUAAUUCUGUCUACUAACAGACUCUGAAUGUUCAUUUUAUGGGUCACUUCAACCAGAAAGCUGCUGCACUAAUAGGUUAUACACUCUUCAUGCCCAUAUCAAAGACAUCUCUAUUGCAUUCAGUUCAGUUACAUGAUCUUUUACACAGUAUACUUGAUGUUACAAAAGCCUGGACAUGGUCUGAUUAGAUUUGACCCACUUUGUAUUCUAUAAAUACAAUUUGGUCAGAUUUAGUUCAUUAAUUCUCAAAACUGUCUCCAUCUUUUCCUCAGGUGUGUGCGCCGCUAUGAGAACCAUCUGAAUCGCUGCCAUCCGUGCUCGUCAGCCAUCUCUCCAUGUGGUCGGUUCAUUGCCACGGGCUCCGAGGAUAACUGUGUAAGCUCCAGUACUGAACUCUCCUAACUAGGAUUUCUCCUCUGUUUAAAGGUGCAGUGUGUGGUGUUUAAAGGCAUUUGGAAGCACAGACUCGGUAGAUAUUGAAUACAAUACCCAAAAUUAUUGAUGAAUGAUGAUUUAUACUCAUCAUCCAUAAAAGAAGCUUCUUGUUGCUUGUGGGGCUUCACUAACAGGACAGGUGAGCGAGGGAGCUUUUUUAACAAGACACUGAUUUUACUACUUAUGAGGGACAGGAUCGUGAGAACAUCCCCGUUUCUUUAUCAGUCUCACCUCCAUCUAAGGUGAGGACUGUUUUGGCUUCACUCAGACAUCUCUAUUUGGACUCCAGCCUUUUUUCCACAGAAGUCAAACUCAACACUCAUGUCAAAGCUGAACUAUUUAAUUGCUUUUCCAGACUGCGCCUCACAUUCAAGACAACUUCUGAAGAAGGCCUCCCUUUUCCGUAUCCAUCCCUCUUUCCUCUCGGUGUACGUGCUCGCUGAAAGUAGUGGAAUAAUAUAUGCACGCUGCUGGUUAUUAUUAAUUAUGGGGACUCGGUUCAGCAAAGACAUUUGAGAGCAUCUCUGUUGAGGUCCGACGUUUCCAGCGUUUCUUGGAAAUUGGGGGAGCGUAUGGUAGCGAGCUGCACCGUAUUUAUUUGUAGCUGCCCUGAGACUUCCACGAGCCAGACACAUUUGUACUUGUCUCAAUAUUUCAAAAGGCAGUCAUGGAAAAAAAAAGGGGGACUGGAUUCCCCUAAAAAGACUCCCCAGAUCAUAUUACAGAUUUUCCAAUAAGCCUAAAGCCAAAAACUAUCUAAGUGGAUUAUGAUUUCAGCGUGGGCGAUAUUAAACUGUUGUAUAUUCAGUUGAGAUUUGUAUCAUCUUCCUGUGUUUUGACUCAUGGUCAAGCACAAAUAAAGAUUAUUUAAACACAGUAUUGCUUUUCAAAUUGUUAACCAAAUAUACUGAUGACAUUUUCAUAUCCUAGGCUCUCUCGCUCUGCACCUGCUUCACUUACUGUGAAUAUAAUCUGAUUUAUCCAGGGAUUUAUUUGCUAUCAGGGCCGUCCUGAAAGAUUUUCUUCCUAGUAUCUAAUACCGUGUUAAGCGCCACACAUGUCAUAUGCCCCAGACAGGAGACACUUUGCCCGCAGACGAUUUGACAGAGCUCAUAUGAGGAGCUUUUUUGGAGAAUUUAAUCCGUAACAGCUGCAGGAAUCUGAUGAGUGGAUGUAACAGCCAUUACCACAUCUGUUUAAAACUUUCCUCAUCACGCUGAAGUAAAUGAUCGUAAAACUCACUGAUUGUAUUUAGAAAAGAAACAAGGCUAAAUAAUUAUUUGGAAAAAACAACAACCUUCAAAUGUUUGUGUUGAUGUCCAAUGAAUGUCCAAAAGUUUGAAACUUCAAAUCAACUUUGAACUAACAAGUUUUAGGAAAAAGGGAAAACAGAUAUUUCAAAGAGUCGACUCAAAUUGUUAAUCAGUUCAGUUCAUCCUCUUUUUAUUCAAUUUUUUAACUGUUAAAACUUGUCAGUGAGUUUUUUCAUGAGUCCAUUUUCAAUUUAAAGUGCAGUCUUAUUGCUUGCCUUGUGCAGAGAUGUAGGAGUGUAUGUUAGGGUGUGUGAGCAAAUCAAGGCAUUACUGUUGGUUGAGGUUGCAGGUGCAGGAAAGUUAUGAGGAAAGCAUUCACGGCUAAAACUUCUGAUUCAUGCGCUCAUAGACAGAGUUUUGACAGUUGUCAACUGUCACGACAUGCAGGCUUAAACACAGAAAAAGACCCAUUACAGAACAGAAAAAUGUAUUGAUUAAAAGAAUGAAAUAAAAAGGAACACAAUCUUACUUUAAAUGUCCAACAGAAAAAUUCCCAUAUGCAAAAAACUUAAGAAGCAAAAUCCAAAGAAACAAAAAUCACUAGGGGCAAAAUCACAGGGAGCAACAGCGGACACAAGAAUCCACAGAGGUAUACAUACACAUAAUGAACCAACAAGGAAAUAGGUGAAGACAGGGACUAUAUAUACACACACAGGGAAACGAGCAACGAGAGGCAGGUGAGACACUGAGACACAGGUGCAGACAAUUACAGAGGAGGGCAAACUGAGGGAGUAAAACAAGACUGUACACACAAGGAUGGACUAUUACAAAAUAAAAUAGGAAGAACUGAAAACUUAUCAACAGAACAGGAACAAUAGGGAAAAGAAAUACUAGGGAAAAUACACAAAAUAGAACUCAAAUAAACAACACGAGGAGAAAACUAAAUUAACAAAACAUAUUAUGACAGUCGAUAAGUUGUUGAAGUCAGAAAAACAACUGAAAUCAUCAGUGUCAAGUACAAUCAACACCAUGACAACACCAUGACAACAAGCCCUGAAAACGUAGAAGCAUCAGAAAAGGAGAAUUCGUGUUUGAGCUGUUGUGUUGGGCUGCAUCAGACUGCACAUGUGGUCAUAAUGUCAUGGGUAAUCAGCGUACGGUGUCGAUGUGAUUUCAGUUGUCGACAUCAUGUGGCGUAGUGCCAUGAUGCUUUCAGAUGCUAUCUUCUGUUUUAUGAAGGUGCAAUCACAAAAAUAUGCCCUAAAGUCAGAAAUCAGCUUGUGCUUUUACUGUGCAAGAGUGUGCAGUUAGUAGACUUAGAUAUCUGACAUGCCCAAUAUGCAUCCGCCCUUCCAUCAACUCAAAAAUCAGGUCAGAAUCAGCCUCAUUUUGGACCCCCUAAAGCUGACAGCUGGAUUUCAUUCACUUGAAACUUUGAGUACAAAACAAUGAUGCACCACCACUCCAGUCAAAUAUGAUCCAAUAUGACUAACUAGUUUCCACUUUUUCGCUUUGACACAUGUAACCAUCUCUUCAUGAGAAGAGUUACACCCGUAAACUUCUUUGUGUUAAGUCUGUAAAAUACGAUGGCUGAGUUUCACGCACCAUUUCACAAUCGUUGGCUGUGCAACCAAAAUGUUUUCGAAGCAUCGGCUGCUGAGCUGGAGGCUAGCUUGGGAGCUCUUUUCACAAGAGGUGACUGACUGAAUUUAUUGUGGGCUGAGAUGAAAAUUCAAAAGCUUUCCAUCACACGCAGAGCAGUUUACACCCCUGUCCCUGCGCGAUUGCCAGGAAAUGUUAAACUCUUAAAUGCCGUUAAGAAUACCAUCAAAACAACUUUUUAUCACAGCUGACCCAGAUUCUCAGAGAUAAAUGACAAUAAAUUGGAGACGUAUGUGCCUGAAAAAACAUUUACAUCUGUUUUGUUUAAGUGGGAAUUUUAAACAGGAUGAGCACCAAGUUUGACCUAAAAAGUUGGAUCAAUCCUUAAAACAAAUCUGCAUUUGUUCACAUCUGCACGUGUCUGUAACUUGACUUUGUUUGCAUUGUGUCGUUCUGCACGUGAUGUAUGAGUCUUGUUCAGUUCCCUUCCAUAUUGUUGUCACGAAGUGGGUCAGCUGAACUGAUUCGCAUACUUUAUUUCUAUCAUAUGCUUUAUCAGUUCCUUUUGCGGGGUCAAAGUUCAUGCCUGCUUGUAUUUUAUCUUAUGUAUUUCAGGCUUAUGUGUAUGACAUCCGCAGCAGCAGCUACCUCCACAAACUUCAGAGGCAUUCGGACACAGUGCUGAGUGUGACUUUCAACCCCUCCAAACCAGAGGUAAGAACUGACUUUAACCUUUAACCUCUACUGUUCCCUUUAAACCAAAAGAUUUUAUCAUUUGAAAUGAAGCAUCAGUCAAAUUUUAAACAUUCAAUCACCUCAGUUGAUAAUCUUGUUGAUUCAAAGACCUAAUAUCACUUAACUCAGGGCAGUCAGACAUUCUAAGAUGUUGGCCUUUGUUAGCUCUGCAUUGACACCCCAGUAAACACUAUGUAAGAAUCCAAAUCUAUAAUUAUCUACUUUAAAACCCAGAAUAGAAGUUGCUCUGAUGUUUGCAGUCAGUCUGUUUCGAGGGGGCUACCAGAAGGAAAAUGGUUGAAUCUGUACACCUACCAGAAGACUGCCUUGGUGUUCAGCAAUGUGCAGUUUCCAUGCAGACACGUAGCCCUUUCCAGAACUAUCUUUUAAUCUCUGCUUGUAUGGUAGUUGAGCUCAGCUUAUGGUAGCAGUAAUGGUUGUGAUAUGGACGUAUACUGCCUGCAACCAGUGUGCUGAGAUUUGGCACACCCUCCCCUUGAUCGGUUGUCUUAGAUUUUAAAAGUCCUUUUACUCAAACCAGCUCUCUACAAAGCUUAGUCACUUGAUAGCAUACCACUUUUGCUUUCUUUUAAUCCUUGAUUCAAACCUCAUAAGUGCUGUGGUCUAAUUGUAAAGGUAUUUUCCAAAUUUGUCAAUUGAUUUGUUUCUUCAAACGUCUCAGCACUUGACUUAAGCAGACAACACUUUUUGGUCUUUUCGUCAGACAUCUCAAACAGGUAUGACAGAAAAAAAUGUGUCAAACAAAGAUAAGAGGUCAAGGUGGAGCGGAGUCAGUCAGAGGUCACAUCAUUAGUCCAAAGAGUUUGACUGAGCUUGAAGUUUCUUUGCAUUUUUUAAAAUAUACAAUUUUUUUUGAGCCCCCAGAAACAACUCACACAUGAUCAUCAAAAAUACACACCUGGUUUUGGUCAUUGUUUGAUAAAGUAAACUGGUUGUACAUCUUUAUUAACUCUGUACUCAGAGUGUUUGUAAAGAAGGAAUGAUGUCCUCAGGCUGAGGUCACAUAGCAGGGCUUACUUGGACCCUCCUGAAGUUCAGGAUGGGUGAACUGUCUGUCAGUGACCUCACACAACUUCUUCUAGUAGUCAUAAAAGAAUUUCAUCUCCCAAUUAAGCUUGAGUGGGAUGGAUGCAUCUGGUUGUAAUUAAGAUUACAUAUACUUCAUCAUGCUGGAGGGGGAUUUUGCUCUGGGCAGUAUUUCUGUAUACAGCUGCAUUUACUUUGCACAAUAUAUUACAUUCACUGUAUGUAUGUUUCAUCACUGUGUACGAACUCAGACAACUCUGCUGCUUACAUCUACAAACACUCAUCACACUGCAACCUUUUCUUUUCUAAAUAUAAGCCUCCAAGACCAAAACUUUUUUAAUUUAAAGGGAAAAUCACUUAGUGGUGGGCAGUUUGUAGUCCGAUCAGAUAAUGCUUCCUGUUCUUCUGUGCCAUAACCCUGUGAGAGCCAGUGCCUCCCUUUGAGCACUGUAUCCCCUUACAUGACCAGCUGCCUGCGAGGUUAUUCCAGUCUGUGAAUAUCUGCAAAAAUCCACAUUGGACAAGAGAUGUACGUGGUUGUUCUUGUUCAGUUUAGAAGCCGCUGGACAACUUUUCUUGUUGACUGUCUCUCUUUUUCUGUCUCAAAAGCGGUGCUUUUUUCGCCAUCAUGUGUAAUGAAUGCUUCAAAUACCUCCGUUUGUUGCGAUGAUCUCUUUAUUCAGGUUUUCCUCUAAAAUAAUAUAAAGCUGGCUUGGCAUGCUGUCGGUGCAAUUUUGAAGAUAUUCAUAGAUAUUUGAAAGUCUUUCCAGGAAAACAUUACCUGUCAUGCUUCAUGCUGGAUUAAAGUCCGAUUCAUACUUCUGCACUGAAUCUACACUGUAGCGUAUGCCAUAGGUUCACGGCCUCAUACCUAUGCAGAAGCCAAAACACUGUACAUGUUCUUCCUUGAAAAUGAAGCAACCCUUUUGAAACAACACAGAUCCCAAGCCCUGUAAAUGGUCCAAAGGGUAGCAUCAUAUUUCCUCCAUUUACAACAUGUCCAUUAUUGCUGCAGUGGCCCCUAUCCUCUGCAUUUGCUGAUUCAGCAGCCAUUGGUUAGAUCUCCUUGAUAGUUUUGUGAGUCUGUAUCGCUGCAGCUGUGGUUUUUGUUUAUCCACAUUUGGGGGACCAAACAAUUUAAAGUCAUCGCCCUGGCAAUAAUACAGUAUAAUUAGAGGUUGGAUGAAGUUAUUAUAAACACUUUUACAAUUAUAGGCCUGUAAUGCCAGCAUGAGAUGUUACCAAAGCUAUCACGCAGAAAUGGUAGCUACAGCCAUUAUGUGAUAAUGCCCUCCUACCUGGAUGUAAACAACCGCAGAUGAGAGGCAGCUGUGGCUCAGUGGUAGAGUCGGUGGUCUCUUUAUCUUUAGGUUGAGGGUUUGAUCUCUCUAACCCUAACCCUAACCCUAUCUAAAAUCAUAGUCCAUUAAAGGCAUGGUUGACGAUUGGCGAGAUUGGUUAUUAUUAUGACCCUCGUUUAUAUGGCGAUCAUGGUCCUAUAGUGCGAUCUCCACAAAGUGAAGAGAAAAAAGAAUGGAAAAAAUCUGUUCACCCUAGUAGGUGCGGGGCUCCAAAAUCAUUGACCAAUGGGAGCCGUCCGUCCCGGACAGCUCCUAUUGGUCAAUCUCCUGCUCCACCUUUCCAUCCAAUCACCUCGCUGUAUUCGACACACCCCCUAGUUCCAACACAUCCCCUCCCACUAUCCCGGCUCUCCUCAAAGCUCUGAGCUGCUAAAACUAGCGUAGCAGCUUAGCUCCAAAUCUGCCUCAACGGCUCAGUUUUUUUCAACUGCUUCUCAGAUCGUUAACCUUGCCUUUAACUGAUACUGAGCUAGUGGUGCUAGCUCUGCUAACACAGCAAAUCAAUUAGACAUUGUUCCUCCAUAAAUAUGGCGGUAAUGUGUUUAGCCAUGUGCUCGAUUUUGGCUGUUUCAUGUGUUUUCCCACAUUUUCUCACAGAAUUUGAAUUUCCUUUUAAACAACCAGGACAGCAGUGUUGUUGUCAUUUCUGAUGCAGUGCAAUCCUAGAACCUCUUUAUUAUUGUUUAACAGGAGUUUAGCUUUUGGCUGUACACAGAAAUCUGCAUGAAAAUAAUAAUAACAAAUCUGUUGUUCAGUUUUCCUCCCACACUAACUCUUGCGUCUCAAGUUGCUUGUUAGACGAUAAACAAAGACAGAAAGAAAUUCAUCCCAGGUUUUCAUUUAAGCUUAUCUGAAUGAUUGAAAGUUGUCUGUCACCCUCAACAUGCUUUAAUAACAUCAUCAUGAGAGGUUCAGAGAUUUCACAGAUCUCUACCAGCAGGCUUUCAAUGUCUUGUAACAGAAUCUCCAGAGUAUUUACUGAACAACAACUCCCUUUGGAAAAGUUUUACUGUCCAGUUAGAGGUUUUUCUUUGGCUCUGUCCAAAGCAAGCAGGCCAACACCUCCAAGGGAGACCUUUAACAAUACAAUACCACAUCCUCUGCUUGUCUCGUAAGACUCCUCAUUCACUGUCUUUUGGACCGGAGGCACAUGUUUUAAAUCUGCCUGUCCAUCUGUGUAAAUCCAUUCAGUCAAACUUUGCAGCCUCCAGAUUUCCAAGGCAGAAAGUGGAAAGUUUGGUCCACGGCCAUUCGCUGGCAGGAUUACAGUUAUCUGCAGAGCCUGAAGACACACUUCAUCAGUCAAGAGUUCGCUCGCUUUACAUCGGUGUUGCUCCAAACUUUGUGUUAUUUGACAAGACAAGGGUGAAAUAACAUAAGAGGCUGGCACGACGAGAUACAGUUUGAACAUUGCUUAAUUCAUGUAUGAAAAGACCCACUAUUUCUGCUGCAAAGAUGUGACUAUUAUUUCCACAUGUAAAUGUCGCCAUAUAUCCUGAAAUGUCCCAAUUUGUGAAAAGAAUCAAAACCUUGUCAUUUCAGUGUAAUAUCAAUCUGUUUCAAAUCAACACGUCAUCUCUUCUUGGCUGUCACCCGUAUCUGCUCUCAGAACCGUGUCACUAAACAUCUCAGACCGCGAGACCCCGCCAGGAUUUGACCAGAUUGAAGCCGUAAAAGUCACAAAUGUAUGAAAUAUUUGGAGGGCUCCAGAGGGUCUAAAGCUUGAUAGCAGAGCCUAAAGUCUUUUCAUUCAAAAUCAGUUUUUGUACCAUGAGCACGCACUAGUUCGAAGUCCGCCUAAAGCAAGAUGUUACAGACGGGGAAUUUAUGUUGUUUGAGCACAUGCCAACUGAGAGAUGUGAAAAAGAAACCAAGAUCCUCCUAUAGUUGAUUUAAAUUUAAUUUCAAGCGCUAAAAGACCAAAAGAAACAUAAAAAAUAACUAAUAUCCUGCAGUUUUAUCAGCAGUAACCGUGAAGCAAAGAUAUUAAAGGCCCUCAGAGAGACAAAAAGAGACAAAGGCAGCUCAGUUCUGAGUCUCUGCAGUGAAGCUGUCAUGUAUACGGGUGUGAUGAAUGUGUUGUUUUAAUCACAAAUGAUUUUAUGACUUUAGCUCCGAGUCAGGAGUGGUGAGUUCAUUCCUCGGCCCGUUCCUUACCUCUAAAAUUAAAGUAUGACAAAAUAUUCCCAAAUCUGGGUCCACCUGUUCGCACGUCACCUCCAUUAAUCACCGUCUGUUCAUCAGCAGAUGCAGUUUGAUCAAAUUGCCAAUGUUCAUGCAGACGGUUAGUUCCAGAACAAAAAACCUCUCUGUCUGACCUAUAUUCAACUCUGAUGAGAUUACGUAACCCCUCCCUUAACAUACUUUUAACUUUUGAUAGAGCUGUUUUUCCACAUAGCAUAGGAUUGGCUCCACUUAACUCCACUUUGGACCUAUUACUUCUUUUUUUCCGCUUUUGUGCGUUCAGUCAGAACGCAGCACAAGGCCAAAACUUUAUGUAAUGUUCCAUACUUCACCUUUAGCAUAUAUGUCGAGAGUGAAAAGUUGGGAUGAGUGAAUCUCAUCUUUCACUCUUUGCGUGUUUUCUAACUAGACAGCCGUGAGGUUGAUGGGAUUGUGUAGCAUCAUUGGUCUUCAUAAGAAGGUCUGUAGUGGUUUUACAUCAUCCACUAGUACCUGCUUAGCUCACUUGGAGCCUUAAAAGAACUAAAAGGAAGUACUGUCUCUGUUUUUUAAGAGGAGCAAAGUGAUGCUCAUAGUGUCUCGCCUCAGUGAUGAAGAUUAUACAGUCUGUGGUGGGGUGGGCACACAGUAAGGAGGGCACCACUUCAGCCUCAUUUUGAUCCAGGAACAAAAAAUAAACCCUGUAUCUACAACUUUUGCAAAUGAAAAACACAGUUAAGUAGGACAGUGGACUACAGUGGAAAUAAGGAUUUAUCUAAGUCAGUGUUGGCUUCACUUACUCAUCCCACUAGGUCAAGAUUUAUAUGCUUAAUACUCAGAAAUUUAAAUGACAUCCUGUAAAUUUGAGGAUUUACCCAAAGAUGCCUCAGGAGGGCUGUGGUCUUCUAAGUUUUUUAAGACUACUUUAAUGACACAAACAUGUUUGCAGAUGAAAUGCAGCCUACAGAUUACGAAUCUCUACGUGGAUCCAGGGUGAAAACUUGGAGAUGUUGCAGAUUAAGCUAACAUGAAUAACAUUUGUUUUGCCCUGUCUUACAGCUCUCUACUAAAGCAAACUGUAAUUGUGAUUUUUUCUUCUCCUUUCGAUAGUUAAUCUUUGACCUAUAAACUCAGUGCCCAUUUGAGCUUUAUGAGGCUGUUUCUAGUAAACUCUGAUUCAUCCGGUGAAGUGUCUGUCCUCCAAAUAUAGAUCAUGAAGAAGAACACCAGGUCUAAAGUCACGUGCGAUCUUAACAUGAUUAUAUUUCCUGAGCCUGUCCUCGCUCCUCAUCAAAACAUGAACAAAAGAAACAAAAAUAAAAAAUGUCCCCAACUUGUGUUCACCUUGUUUUUCAGCCACAUUUGAGGCCCAGAUGUUCUCUGUAUACGCUGCUGUGAAAACCAUAAUGCUAUGCAUAUUUUCCACUCAUUUUCACUCAUGUUUUCCAUCCUUAUACUUAAAAAGACCAUCAAGCAGCCAGAUCUACCUCUGGGCUUCACUCCCUGAGGUUUAUUCCUGUACUCUGGUCUAUAAUGAGAGAUCUCAGACUCUUACUGACACGUUACUUUGUUGUCUUGUAAAAUCUUGUGGGAUUUUAAAAAGUAUACCUCUGCCAGGUUUUGCAAGCUCCCCUCUUGUUGUGCUUAGAAGUGCCACGGUUAAAUUAGGACCUUUUUUUGUAACAGGAUUUAGUAUCUACCUGUCGAAAACAAAGCAUGCUUCAACUUUCAUUUAUUUAUUGAUUUAUUGGAGGCAAAAUCCAGAAGGCAGUGGAAGAACAGGAUCUUCCUCCUGUAGUUUUUGGUAUCUAAAAGCUUAAAGAUGAUGAGAAAAGAAAGAAAAAUAAUACGGCCCUGAGGUAAAUCAACACUGACUUCAGAGAAGCAGGUUACUGGGUCAGACUAAUAAAAUAGACUUUAUGAGGCUGUCUUCUAUUUGGGCGGCUCAAAUUUCUGUGCUCUCUCAAACCAAGAUGCCGAUAGCUCCAAUUACAAUGAUCCACAUCAGCUGUGGAAAUGUCUUUGUAGUAUUAGGCCAACAUCAGCAUAUGGUUUUUAGAAGAAUGUGGAAUUUUUACUCAAUUGAACCACAUCUAUCGUUUCUUCAAUCACUGGAUAUAUAGGAGCUUUUGUUUCAUAUCGGUCUCAUCUGGAAAACUUUUCAUUUUGAUAGAUUUCUGUUUUUGUUUCUGUCAUGUGUUGUCUCCACUGGCUGAAUCAGUGAAUUUUACUACAAAUGACAGAGACACACAUGAGGAAAGAGUCUUGUCAUGUUACAAAUUAUUGACUGAGGAACAAAACAAGAAAAGAAAGCUUUUACCGUCAGGUGCUCAGCCGGACGUGAUCACAGGGACACAUUUACAAGCCCAUUACUUUCAAGUGGUAACCUGCAGUGUUGGAAAUUGAAACCAAAGCAGAAGUUCAAAAUACUGCCAUUUCCUUAAGUGUCCACUUAGCUGCCUCUAAAAGACAAAAGACCUUGUAAAAUGCCCAUUUUGGCAGCGGAUAAACACACAUCUGCAGAUUUUGGUCUCUUGACCUGAUUUCUCUUGUCUUGAGAUUUAUACAGAGGUGAGUUAUGCAUAAAUAAGCAGGAGUGCCUCAAAUUCAAGUUUUUGCUGUUUAUUGUCAUUAGUUGGUGAUUAUAUUUCCUUUAUGUCUGAUAUGAUGAAGAAAAUCUUUUAGCUUCAUGAGACCUCCUCAGAAACCCCAGGAUGACAUCAGUCAGUCUUUCUCCAUAUAGAAGUGGGUGGUGUAUCGGUCUCAACACAAUCACUACGGUCACAUUCGACUACAUCAUGGAUUUUACUUGACCUUCAUCGACUGAUACAUUUUUUGGUUGAUGGAGAUUUAGGGCAAAUCCUGAUUGUAGCCCUUGCCUUACCCCUUAGCCUUCGGUUUUGCAUGUUCACGUCAAACAAAGGGGUGCCCCAAUUCUCAAGAGGAAGGACCAAGGGCAAGGGGUACACAGCCCUUAAAACAAAGACAAACUGGGACCUCACUUAAAAGUAAGGGGUAAGAUUUUGACAUGGUUUUAAUAGUAAUGAUACAUGUGUUUUUUAAUCAGAUCUUAAAUCCUUUUCUACCCCUCAUAAAUAUUAGCUUUCUUUUGAAUUGUUUGCGAUUUAAAACAAGACAAGAAUGACGAGCUACCUAACGAAGCUAUAGCUAUUGAUAGCUACACCGAUGUUGGACUCAGGUGACAAAUUCACAGCUAAUGGAAAGGCGUGAUGACGUAGCAGGACUUGAGUGGUGUCUCGUUUCUUAGGGGCAUGUUUUCAUGUUUUCAGAGUGACAAUUGGGUAGGAUGACCAUACGUCCUCUUUUACUGUCCCGCCUGUCCGGGGGGAGUUUAUAAAAUCCUUCAAAUGUCGGGGGUUUUGUAUGGAAGUUUUGAGUUUGUGUAGCGUGGAGAAAACACUCAAUCCGACCCAAAAAAAAAUCUCAAAAUUAUGCGCAUGACUUCACCCUGCGUAGUAGUGUCCUCUUUUUGGGGAUUUAGAAUAUGACCACCCUACAAUUGGGAUUGACCCUUUGUAACAGUCUGCUCUGCCCUCUCCUGCUCUGCUGCUCAGCCACACCCCUCAUCAGCUAACUGCUUCCACCUGCUGCUCUCACCUGCUCAUCAUCUCCAAUCAGGCCAGUAUAUAUGCAGCUUCUUUCCCCUCACUCUUUGCCAGAUUGUCUUUGCUCUCAUGCCUGACUCUCCAGCGUUUAUCCUCGGACUGCUUACCUGGUAUCAACCUGAUCUGCCCCUGACCUUUGCUUCUUGCCUCAGCCCUGGUAAACCUACCUGCCUUCUGUCCUUGACUACGAGCUUUGCCUGCCUGGUUCCUGCUAUUCGUCUGCCUGCAGCUGAAUGUCACUCAGCCUGUUCCUGCUCUGUUGAGAUCCCCCUUCUCGUCAGCUUCACCUCGCCAACUCACCUCCUCUGCCGACGUUGGUUCUGCCAGCUCCUCUGCAAGCUCUGGAUCCUCACCCAGUCCUCACCUGAACCACUCUCCAAGAAAUCUUCCUCCAGCUGUGAGUUGAGCGUUUUCCCCUUCACUACACUCGUAGAGCAAAUUAAGACUGUGGACAAUUCCCUGCUCACGAGUUCAAAACUCUUGCCUGACCUGUGGUCCACUGCUAAUCUGCUCGCCUAUCACCCGGAAGACCCGAGUUCGAAUCCUGCCAUACCCACCUGCUAUACUCUGCUGCUACAUUGGAUUUGGUGUUCAAUAAAGACUGUUGUUAAAGUGAACCUGCUUGUUUGUGCUGCAAUUGGGUCCAGUCAAUACCCGUUACACCCUUACUUCCCCAGUACCAAUGCAGCCACUGUGGCGGGUAAAAAGAAGUGACAUGACAGAGGCCUUUUUGACUAGUAACAGUGUAGACUGGACCGGGGUCCUCUUCUUGCUCUCUGGUUUUCACCUCUGCUACAAUAGACCUACUGAGAGUGUGCUCCAUCUGAUGACUCAGUCAUCUCCAGUGAAAGAAGCAGACUGUGACUCAGAGAGCAACUGUAAAUACUGUGACUCUUGACAGCCACCACUAAUUAUAGCUCGUCUAAGGCUCAGUGAAUUUGAGGAUGAACAGAUUUAAUUUCAGACCAACUCUUCGCAGUAAAAGCCCCUUCUUGGUGUUCAUUCAUUCGAACCUUAUUCUUGAAAAGACAGUGACACUUCCCUUGUUUCUAGUCUCAUCCAGAUUACAGGUACGAUUAAAUCAAGUAAAACUACAAUCAACCAGAAAAACAUAGAGAGUAUUUCAUGAGUUUGGGUCAUCAAAGAAAAAUUCAAGUUUAAAUUUAUUGUUCAGGCUUUUUUUGCUAUCGGGUUCUUAUUUAUGCCUGUGCAUGUCUGUCGAAUCACUCUGCAAACCUUUGUUUUUAAAGGUGCCGUAUAAAUAGUUACAUUUUUAUUAUUAUUACAAAAACAUCCUCCAGCUGUCUCAGGCACAGACAUAAAUCAGGUACGGCAUCGCAGGCUUGUUUGAUGGGAAAGUGAGUGAACGUCGUUUCAAAAGCAUGCUUCCUGUUCAUAUUGUAAUACUCUGAUAUCUAUAUAAAUCCAUAAACAGAAAAAAUAAGGUACACAUUUUUGAUUAUGUUGGCGAUCCCUCCAAUUUUGUUUCACACAGUCGAUGAUUUCUUCUUUAACGAAACUGCACUUGUGCUUUUUUAAAACGCACUUCCAAAGAAUAUUUGCAAAGUUUUAUUUUUUGCUGAGUUGGACGCCAUCGAUAAUUUGCGUCAUAACAAACAAAAAGAAGUUUUCGUGAUCUGAUAAAGGAAUUCUCCAAAAAUGAGUUUGUGGUUGAAAAACAACCUCAGGCACGUUUUCCAAGUGACCUUGUUUCUGCUUAAGUAUCCUUGAGCACGACACUGAAACCUCCCUCUGCUCCAGAAACGCCGCUGCUCCCAAACAGAUCUGGUUCAUUUAUAAACGCAUACAUGUGUGUUUUUUGGACUCUUAUAUAAAAAGAAGUCCUCGUUUCAUUUCAGCAGCAGAACCAGAAUGAAGUACGAGGUGUUAAGUUCUGCUUUUACUGUCGGUCCUUUGAUUAAGUGAGAAGUUUCUGAACUCUCCCCCUCGUGUACUUGAGACCUCAUUUGCACUUCAUGUGUUGGAUUUUUUGCAGGACUGUGACCGCUCACUGACACACGCAGCUGUCUCUGAAAGUUAACAUGUUCUAUGGCCCAAACUAGGACGAUGAACAAUGAAUGAAUCAUCACUUUGGCUUUCAAGCUCAGCGCUCUCCUGUCUCCAUAUGUCAGGAUGUAUCACUUCUACUCUUUGCAGACAAGCGAAAAAUAUUGCAGCUGGCGUCCCUCUAGACCUUUUUACUGUAUCUUCUUUUUGUGGCCACUUGGCAUUCGGAAAUCUGUUCACACUCCAUGGUCCUUUAUUGUUUUUUACAUAUUUUAUCUCUUUGUUUCCUUUUCACCUGACCCUAGAGAGCAAAGAGAUCUCCUCUAACUAUAGUGGCCAGACAGCAAAUAUGGAGGUGGACUCUGCCGUCUGCUCCAGAAUGUCACAUCAGAGUGAGACACAGACUGAGCUGAGACAGCCUCUCUGAAUUCAGCUGGCUUGUGCUCAGCACAGCUGGAGCAGCGCUGAACAGGAAGUGAGAGAAUAAAGACUUCGGGUCCAGUUGCAAAGUCACAAGAGGCUUUUUUAAGGGAAUCAAAACCUUUCACAUGCUGUAAGCAGCAUUUUUCUCAGUGCUCUGUUGUGUUAAUAAAUCAUUUUUCAAAGAUUUUUAUUUCUUUUUGCAUGAAUCUCCAAAAUGGGAUUAAAUGUGAAAUUUGGGGCAAUAUCGGAGCUCCUGUUUGGAACUUUGCAGUUUUGCGGCCUCCUGUAGAAGUGGUACAUCUUAUCUUUUUACAGGUUUGACUAAAAAUCUCACCCUGCUUAUUUGAACAGUCCAAAGUAUGACUUGUAACAUACAAAAAGACUGUUUUGGCCAUGGCUCAGGUGGUUCCAGUCCUACCUGAUGGACUCUAUCAUCCAGGAAGUUAGAAACAGCCCCUCUGACUUUUGGUGUCCCUCAAGGAUCUGUUUUGGGCCCCUGUAAAAAAUGAUAAUAAUAAUGCAUCAGAGAUCAGAGACUCUCAAAGUGCUUUACAUUGGAUACAUCAUUCAUUCGCUCACACAGUCACACUUUGGUGGUGGUGAACUACCUUAGUAGUCACAGCUGCCCUGAGGCAGACUGAGGGAAACGUGGCUGCCAGUUUGAGCCUACAGCCUCUCUGACCGCCACCACACAACACUCUCACAAUCAUACACCAGUGGAGGACACACACUGGGAGCGAGGUGGGUUAAGUGUCUUGCCCAAGGACACAACGGACAGGCUAGGGAAAGGGGGGAACCGAACCACCAACCUGUCGGUUAUGGGACGACCGCUCUACCUCCUGAGCUACUGCCUACUGCUGCCCCUGUGGCCCAUUCUCCCAAAAUAUAAUGCCUCAAUCAUUGCUCAGCUUUUGUGCAAGUACAUUUGCCUUUGAAAUGGAAAUUUAAGCCUUCACAGGAGUCCUUACUUGGUUGUAUUCAAGAGGUUAAAUCAUGGCUAAACAGGAACAUUUUAAGCCUAAAUGAGAAUAAAACUGAGGUCACUGAGUUUGGACAUCCCCUGUAGUUUCAUGGUCUCCCUGCCUUCUUGCUCUCAGUACUCAUUCUUCUGCUAAGAGCCUUGGUCUUGACAGUGUUUUUAAAUUUGUCUGACAGUUUCCUCUUUUGUUAAAUCUAGUUUCUUUCAGCUGAGACUGCAAGAUUAAGUAAAGUCUGUCUCCCUCUUAGAGGGUGAUAGGUAAAAUUUUGUUACAGACUCUUCAGACUUUUCUCAGUUGAGCACACACAGAGUUUUUGCAGCAGCUGCCCCCAACCUGUGAAACAGCUUAUUGCUGAUCUGCCCAAGUCAGUUGUAUCUUCUCUCUAUCUAUCUAUCCAUCCAUCCCGUGAGUCAGAGCACUCCUGCGCGUACAGUGAUGUAUUUUUCAUGUGUUCGUCUUGAUUCAGGCACAUCCAUCAAUCUCUGCAUUCUUACUGUACUUACUUGAGAAGUCCAUAUGUUACUGACAUUGUGAGUCAGACCAUGACUGUGUGUUGAGGACACAUAAUACAGGGCAGGUAGGGACAGAUCUGCACAGAAGAGGCAACUUGGAUUACAAUGGCAGGAUUUUCAUACGGCAUUAUGCAGUGAAAUCUUUGGUUUUCUGGUUUUAACUAUUGGAAAGUUUGUCUCUGGUAAAGUUUUUGCAGUACUACAGCACUCUGUGUUCUGGCCAUGGCUACUGCUGAUUUGUAUUUUUUUUCAAUACAUUAACUGAUAAUGACUUUUAUAUUUUCUUUGUCUGACUUUAUAUUUAUUAGAUGAAUCCUGGUUAAAUUCCUAAAUUGGCAUUUUUACCUCAUGCUGAGCUCACUCAUCACGUAGGUGUAAGAGUAAUUUUAAUUGUGUUAUUUGAUUCAGAAAAACAGCUGUGAUUUAAAAGUUGACACAAACACUAUUAGACAUUUUAUGUUCCAGAUGAAAAACGCCGACCAAAAGGAAAAUUUAUCACGUAAACCUGCCGAGAUCAACGUUUGAUUUACAGCGUGAGUGUCGUUAUUAUUAUUAUUGUUAUUAUUAUUAUGCAAUCAUUUGGCUGAUCACACAAACUCAAUUUUAAUAUGACAGAUAUAUUAGCUGUUCUGCUCUCCAACUCUGUGAUGCUGAAAUAAUGGAGUGCUCUGUGAUUGUGUCGGUCUUAAUAAACAUUGAGUAUCAGUUUUAUAUUUUAUUGUACCCCUUUUUUUUUUUUUUACUCUGGGGAAGAAGAAAAUUCCAAACACAGCUUUUGAAGCAAACACAAGAAAUGCUUUGGAUGGAUUGGAUUUAAUCUCUUUUUCUCCGUAUUAUGCAACUCUCUCCCAGAAAGGCUGGACUGAAGCCUUUAUAAAUGAAGAGUACCUACGCAGGCUGUCAGAGACUGGCUGGAGGGCAGCUGGAAGAACAAACAAGAAGUCUUAGCUGGCACAUGACGGAUACUUUGAGCAUUUGGAUCUUUUUAAGUUUUAUUAGUAAUAGCACAGUUAGACUAUUUCUAUGUGGAAAGAUGUUUCUUAUUCUCUGUAGAUGAAGAUGGUCAUUUUUCGACAACUCGUUAUGUGCUAUCAGUUUCCUUAAGUUUGAAAUAAUUUGUGUGGAUACCAAACUAAACAGAAGUGUGUCGCCAUUAGCAACAGCAUACAUCUCUCUCCUUGACAGUUCGUUUGCUUGUUAGCUUAACAAACACGUGACCUUUGUGACCGUCUGCUCCCCUCUCCAUCCUUCAUGUAGAUCUGUCUUCUCCUCUCGGCGUGUACCGUGCAGAACAUCCUGCAACGUUGGCAUUUGUCUGUGUGCUCUCGACACAUGAUGGAUCAUAUUUUUUUUUUCGAGGUUGAGAAAACCUGUAGCUUUUUGUACCUUCACAGACUGUUCGUAGCAACAUGUGCAGACGGUCAUUGUUAGUCCCAGGGCGCCAACUUUUGUCAGGAGUCAUCACCGCUGAAAAUACAGCUCCAUUGCUUUCUUAAUCAUCGGUUUAACUCCAGCUUUGAACUAAUGAUUUGUGGUCUUUUUUCCGUGGUACUGAGCCAGCACCGCUGACUAUAACUUAGGUUAUGUAACAUGUGUGACACGCAGUGCAGAUUUCCCGUCUGAUUGACAUUCUUACCUCUUUAAAAGUUCCCAAUGAGAUUUUGAUAAUAUAAUAAAGGGAAUUACAAUCAAAAAUAUAGUAAAGGAAAACACAGCACACAUUUUAAGUGUGUUUUUUUAUGCACGGGCACCGACUUUGAGAUUAUCAAGGGUCGAGUGUUUAAGUGGAAAACAUAUGCUCGUGAAUGAGAUGAACAUCUGUGAAUCAGCAGUGAUAGGAUUGCAUAAGGACAUCAGAUAUUGCGAUCAAUCUUAAAACAGUUAUCAAACCCUUGACAGUUUUUCCUAGAAGUGGGAUGUUAAGGAAAGCAGAGUCUCUAAGUUGUGGUGGCCAAAUUUGACCCCAUGCUGUAUGUCUACACUGAACCGUCUCACAACAAGUUCAGACUUCUGACCCUGACAGAAGUCAGAAACCUUCAGACCUCUGUGGAUGGCUUGUUUAGGCCUCAGUGAGCAGAGGUUGAAGGUUGCAGAGAUGGAAUGUGCCUGAUUACAAAUGUUUGCUUACAUAAAGAUCCCACCGGUGUUAUGAUCUUUUCCUGCGCUGUUUCAGAAAAAACAAGUGUUCUGCCAAAUUCGUAUGAUGAUAAAGACAUGAAGUUGGAUAAAUAAACAAAUAUAACUCAGGACAAUAAUAUCAUGAUAGAGGAAUGACAAAAUAAUGUUUGUGUUGUAAGAAAGUCAUGAUAGAAAAAUUCAAGAUGUCUUCAAAGAAGCCCAAGAGCAGCAUUGAUGCAAUUAUUCAUGGCAUAAAUGUGGAUGUCUUGAGAAAAUCUGCAAAAAUAAGUGUGAGCUAGAAAUGUAUGGAUUUUUUAUCGCAGAUUUGCAAUAGCUGUUAACCAAAGCUAGCACUCAGGCUAGCAGUGGGUUGCUGCGCUACAUCUUUGACAAAGAAAACCAGGAUUUUCUGUCUACGAUAAUGAAAAUUUCAAUAGUUUGUUAAAGUGAGUUAUAUUAUUCUGGCAUCAGCUUUUGAGGGUGAUGAUGUACAAGUGUCUAGUGGACUGUUUUUUUCUAGCACACACCUCAAGUGUAUAGGGCUGUAAAGUCCUAGUCAAGUGGUUGACGUAUUGGGCGAUACGUGCUGGGUCAACCUAACUUCUGAUUGGUGGACUCUAUUUUUUUCUGUGUCAAUUUACAUACUAUGGUUAAUUUCAUCAGGAUGAAUGUACCAAGUGCUAAUGGGGGUGUUUUCAGAGCACCGAACAGCUUGUCUCAGGACAACCUCCUUGUUUUUACCAUUUUGGAUUUGCUCAACCUACUGGAGGACAUCCCCCCUACCCCCCACACAUUAGUCGAUUUUUGGUCAAAAAUUUCAGGGUUUUAGUUGACCAAGAAUCUCUUUGGUUGAUUACAGCCCUACUAUUGUAUCAGUAACUAACUGGUUCAUUUAUACAGUGUGCUUAAUAACUACAAAUCCUUGUGAAUGUUUCUGUAAUUGCUAAAGUACUAUUCAAUGGUCAAACUGAGGUGAAAAUGAAUUUUUAACUUACUGUGCAGCCCCUUAUUCCAACUCUAUUGCAUGUGUAAGUGGAAGGAUUUCAUAACUCAGUGAUUACACAGUCUAGUGGUUGUGUAUUGCAGUUGAUAAAGAGAGCUGCGGUUGCUAAAGGAGCUGCUCUCUGACCCUCUGAAGUUUUAAGAAAGCUUUUGCAGCAGCCUAAGGGGGCGACCCAGACAGCUCGGCUAUUGUUGAUUAAGGUCACUGAGCAGGAGGUCACGGUGAAAGAAGACUCUCCUGGAGUAAAAGAGCUAGUGAAACGAGCUGUCAAACAGUUUUCCUUUUUGCAGAGGAGUGUCAAACUUUUUUAUACGCUGAAAAACACCCGUGUUAGACAUGCUCGUCUUGGUGUAAUGUAUUUGAGCUUGCUUGGCUGCCACUUUGGUGGAAUCCUCACACUUGGAAAAUGUCAGAUUUCCCAUUAAAACAAAGAGGCAACAAUCACAAGUCAGUUUAGUCUUUAUAUACUUGAGUCAUCCAUGAACCUCAGCUAUUUCAACCCCCUUUUCCCAGCAGAGACAUCUGCUUACUGGUAAAAGAUGAUUUCUCCUGCAUAAAACAGCUUAAGUGCAUGGGAAAAAAUGUUGGACCAUUGUUUUACCAAAUGUGUUUUUUAUCACAACUUGGCAAAUCCUUGUAUUUCAAGAUUCCUGCUUUCAAAAGAUACUCUGACUUUACGACCACCUCGAAAUCUCUGAAAUCGAUGCUACACUUCACGUCUGUACAUUCCCCAAAGCACUCUUAUUUAGCUUGCAAAUUGUGGGGUCUAUUUUCGCUUAUUUUGUUCUUGUAGGACAGUGAAGUUUUUAAGCCUCAAAAUUGGAUUUAAGCUUGAAUUAACCCCAGUUUCAAAAUGGUGAUUCAUGGAUCAAAAAUUGUUUGGUUGCAUGCUCUACUUCUGCACAUCGUGUAAGCAUGAAUAUAAUGGAGGACAACUACCUUUUCCAAACAAUUACCCCAUUGUAUCAUUCCACAUAUGCUUGAUUGAGAUGUUACAGAUAUGAAUUUACAUGACAAACCUCAUGCUGCUGAGUGGCUGUCAGUGUGUUGAGGUAAUGUUGCCCCCCUGCUCCACUGGCUGUGAGAAGAAGAUGAGAUAACCCUCCCCUCUUGCUGGGAACUACAAUGUGUGCCUGUGCUUGUCUCUGUGUUUAAAUGGACAGGGUGUGGGUUCAUGUUAGUUUACAGAUGUGUGGGUGUUUUUUAAAUCUGCAAACAGUUGACUCAUCAUGACCAGCACUGGCAGGAACCUGAAGCUCCACUUAUGAUAACACAAAGUUAAGUAACAAUUCAGGCAGGGCGGCCACAGUUUCUUCAAAAUGAAGAAGCGUCCCUAGAAAAAUCGUCUAAAUCCUGACCUCGAGAUUCUUAAACUCCUCAAGGAAGCAGGUGUGCUCUUACGCAACUCGCUUCUCUAAAUAGAGAGCCAUAAAAAGAGGAGAGAUGUGUGACACAGUUCACAGGAAAUAUCGUCCACUUGAGAAAAAUCAAGCUGCAACCCCCGGGGCUGAAAGUGAAGCCAGCAAAGAGGUGCCAAAAACUGCAGUUCCUCAAGAGGCCACUUGAAGCUGGGUCCAAAAGGGAGUCAAUGACUCUUAAUCCGCUUUGUCAAGGUGUACUAUUUCACAGCAGAGUCUGAAAUAAAUGAUGUUAAUGUCUAUAACUUAUGCCUGUGUUAAUGGCAAAUAUUCAAAGUUGAAUCUUUUUGUAAGUCACAAGUUUAAAGAGCUUUUAUAGUGGUGUUUUUAGCUCAUCACAGCAUGUCAACAAAUCCGGCCUCUGUGGAAGAUCUGCAACUUCUCCGGUUAUAAAACCUAUAGAGUGCUGUAAUUUUAUCCAUGCAGUAAAGAUGCUGUGAUGAUUGGCUGUCUGAAGGAGAGGGUGCAGACAGAUGCAGAGGCAGAAAAACACCAAGACAAACAUGGUGAGCCCUCCAGAAGAACUGGUGCCAAAAUACGUACAAACAUGCCUUUUACGUCUAACUAUAUGCAGUUAGCUCUCAUCACUACAGCAGUCUAAGGUGAAUUGUUUUGCAUAAACAAAACAACAGCGACUCUUUCGGGUGCUUGGCAAGAACAUAGAUGUUGAUGCUGGAUUUGAAACAAGCAGCAGAGCAGUUGGUUUGUCCAGCUUUAGCCUUUGCAGGGUGAAGUGGAAUUGCUCAAGGACUGUAUAUAUUGUUGCGUUCAUGCCCCAGACUCACUCCUGUCAUGACAUCAUGACAGGAGCCAAUUCAAACUCAAUCUGUGAAUCUGGCGCAGUCUUUCGCUUCAUACGCAUGCUUACUCAACCUUUGCAGACCCCCCUGCUCUUUUUAACCACUUGCUUUUGUCCAAAUAUGCAUCUUUUUGCUCAAGAAACAAGUAACAACUUGUUCUUGAAAAAGGUCAUUUGAAAAAAACAUGGAUACAUCAUAACAGCUACAGCCAUAUUAAUGCAGCCUUUGUGUUUAAUCCUAAUAUGAUGUUAUGUUUCAUUUGCUCUGUCUCUCUUAGCUGCUGACUGGGACCUUGGAUGGAAACCUGCAUCUGUUUCACUCCAGCAGUGGGGCCACAUGACACCAGUGCUGCCGUGUAGAGCAUCCCCAUCAUGAGUAACUACACCAAGCUGCUGCAAAGACCAUGCAGGUUUCAUUAAAGUACUUCCAACCCCAUGGCAAAAGGUUUUAAUGGGUAAAGGUUUUGAUUUGUUUUUAUUUGUUGAAGGAAGAUCAAAAAUAGAUACAAGUUUACAGAGAGUUUGUUUUUCAGGUUUUAUGUGCUUAUUGUGUUUUUCUACCUCUGUGUUUCUAAAUGUCAGGAGGAGCCUCCCAUCUGAGCUCACUCUUCUCUCCUAAACUCCCACUACAUACAUCAUUAGGCCGCUUUUUUCAUUCUUGACCAAGUAUCAAAGACAUGUCAUUGGUUUGAUUGAGCAUCUUUUCACUUGACCUCAUUACUGUGAUUAUCAAAACAGCUACACAUAAGAUACACAUUACAAAAAAAUAAUUCCUGGAGCAAUUAUCCAUUCCUCCACUCUCCUAAUGGGCAGAUUGUUUGUUCAGUACGUGUAACAGAUGCUCUUUUAUAUCACUGGUUGAUGCUGUUUAACACAUCAGCUCACAGAGCUAUGACAUCAACUGGGUGCAACCUCCUCGGCUGCCAGACUCACAGAUGCUACUACUGUUCUCCCGACACACCCGUCCUCAUUGUUUGUGCUGUACAUCGACUUUUCUCUUCCUCAGUCUCAACAAAACGCCAGUAAAACUCAACCGUUAUAUAAGAGGAUAAAUUAGCCGGGUUGUGACACUUAAAUUUAAAAGGUUGUCCAUGUCCACAUUGAGUUUUUGUCAUAGGUCAGGGCAAAAUCUAAUAAAAAGGCACUAGGGAAAAAACCACAAGGAAACUAGGGAUUCACUCAUCAACUAUGACAAACACACACAAUGAACCAACAAAGACAGAGGGGAAGACAGGGACUAUAUAUACACACACUGGGAAACGAGCAACAGGUGAGGCAGAUGAGACACAGGUGAAACUCAUGGGUGAUUAACAAAGGAGGGAAAAACUUGGGAAGUAAAACCAGACUAGAAACACAAGGAAUCGACUACUACAAAAUAAAACAGGAAACACAGAGAACACGAGAGAAACAGGGUCAAACACAAACUGAAAACUCACAAGACAAGAUCACAGGAACAAUAAGGAACAGAAACACAAGAGAAAACACGCCGACAAUGAACUCAAAGAACAAAACCAUGAAAAAACUAAAUUAACAGGACAUAUCAUCAGUUUUAUGCGGGUGGUUAAAUUUCUUGUAAAGUGUUAUCAGACGUUUUAUACAACAUGCUGCUUUUCCUACAUGCUUGUGUAGGAAGAAUAAUGGGCGUGCCUCAGGGUUCGACCUUAGGACUUCUUCUUUUCUGUGAUCUCCAGUUGCUUUGUCUUCAAAUUCUUAAUUACUUUUAACAAAAUUUACAUCUAAAGACAGACACAGCACUUUUACCUACUUUAGAGCAGCAGCCUAGUGCAAUGAACAAUACAAUAGCCAGCCAGUUUGCAGAUGUUUAGCUUUAGCCCCGAUUACACAAUAUGCAGUGUAAUACAAAUUGCAUAUCUUUCAUGCCAGAUCACAUUGGCAAUCAAACAGAAACACAAGUAUACUCAGUUUCUAAAUUUCUGCAUGGCAUGACAUGGUUUCUCUAAGGCUAAAGCUUUACAAAAGUUUUCUGUGUAACUGUGACUGUGUCGUAUAUAUGCUGAGAUUAACAACCAUCUUAUGGACAAACACAAAACCAUAUGCUAGCUCUACAGCCUCUCCCGGCUCCAGCACAGCUGAACAGGUGCUGAACGUCGACUCAGCAAUUCAUUUAUUUAUUUAUUUUUUGCAGGAAGUCAGACUCAAACACAGGCACUAAAAUUUAGUAUGAAGAUAUAACCAGUCUGGUCCCUGUUAAUCUCAUUCUACUAUGUAGGUCAUGACAGCACCUCAGUGUUAGAGUGAGGAUAUUCCAAAAUCAGUGUACAUCUACUACUAAAACUAAAUAUGGAGAAUGAAACUAGCCUUAUCAAUCUUAAUUUUUAGGUUAUUGUCUGCAGUAUCCAGAGGCAUUUAUCAGAACAAAUAUAGGAAAAAGGAACAUGAUAUUUAUACAUAUUUUUAAAUUCGUAAAUAAUCAAAAGAAUUUAAAAAAUGUUUUUGUUUUUUAGAGACUAUUGUAUUCACUAGGAGUCAGAGGUCACCAUCUUGCACUGCCAUGUUACUACCGUAGUAUUGUACAGGCAAACUCAUCUUUUUAGCUGUAAGACAAAGAAGAAGAGUAGCUGUGGUUAUGCACAAAAAAGCUUCUUGUCCUUAAAGGCCACUGGAAUAUUCCUAUGUCUUCACACUGAACCUUUAAGCAAGCUGCAACCACUUAUUGAACAAUAAUGUAAUCUGAAUAUUUCAGUGAAGUAGCUGCAGAGGUUUGACUGGUGAGGAAAGUCAAAUAUAAAUAAUGGAAACGAAGAGAAAGGACGAUUUAUAUUAAGUGGUUAUAAACUAUUAACAGGCAGUUACUAGGACAGAGAGAUUCAGCUCCACCUCUUUAUCGUCUUCAAUAUUUAAAAAUAAGGGCACACAUUUUCACUCAUUCAAUUUCCUACUUUGCAGACAUGUUGUAACCCAGACAUGACUUAACAAAAGCUGCAGAAAAUCCCUACCUAUGAAUCUGUUAUGAGUUCACAUUUCAAGUGUCACUGAUCCUCAGUCUAGUGCUGAAAGAGAUCAUCUCAGAUGUAUUAUCUGAUUCGGACAAUUGAAUAAUAAAACCCACCGAUGGGCUGUGAAACCUAAUCCUUCACACUGAGAAGACAGCUCAUCCCUCACUUGCUCUGGAUUUGAUUCACUGUCUCUUGCAAAGAUCGUCCCGUCUCCCUCUGGCCUCAGCUAGUUUGAUUAAAUAAAGCUUUAAAGUUGCGCAAUAUCAGCUGGCAGGGUUCCCUAGCAUAAAAGCUAUUCUGUGUCCUACAUUAGAUUAUAUCUGCAUAUUUGGGUGCAUGUUUUUUCUGCCACAGAAAUAAGGUAUGUACUGCUGGCAGCGGGGAGUCUUUCCUGUCAUGAUGAGCUUUAGUGUUCCUGAAGCUGCGGAGAUGCUCUACUGGAACAAAACACAAUAAAUUGUCCUGGAGUGAAUUUAUGUAGCCAUGUUCUUCUGUUUUUAUGUGCUGGAAUGUGAACCUGUGCGUGUGUGUCGAGUGAUUUUGGGAGUCGGUAUCUCCUCUUCAAUGAAUUAACCUGCUACUUUAAGAUUCAAGGAGCACACAACCCAAACCAAAUAAAAUAUAAUAGUGUAGAAGUGCAUUCCUUAUCUGUGUGAGGUCGGGUUUGGUGCACUCCCUGCAUUGAUCUCACCAGUCGAGAAUGACGGGUUUAUUCCUGCAAAUAAAAGGAUUUCAAUGAAAGCCACACCCGCACACUAUAACGCAAUCUGGCCCAAAGUUGAUCCAUCACAGUGCUUUGUCAUUGAUUUGAAAGGGAAGAACUCAGCCCAGCUGUUCAGAUCAUGAGGACGCAGAUUGGGUGACAGCUAAACAGAACGGAGCGACACAUAUGAAGACGCAUAUGCACGCUAGAAUCAUCCCCAACCCCUCCUGGUCUUUGAGGUUUACCAAGUAGCCCCUGUCACGUUUCAACCUGCAUUCUCACAACAAGAUGUCAACCGGACUUCUUGCUGGCUGGCAGUUAAAUGUUAAGGUGAAGUCGGGGUGAAAAUUUGGGUUGUUUGCAGUCUCAUGCAACACAUCCAAGAAGUUUCUCAGCUGCAGAAAGGAAGUGAUAGACGUUGAGAGACCGCAGAUGCAUAUGGACAGAAUAUUAAACUACUAUAUUAAAUACAAGACAACUAUAUUAAACUACUUGACAUCAAUGGAUGCUCUUUCCUUGCAUAAGCAAUAGAAAACCGAAAGACACGACAGAAAACUGUUAAAUUAGACACAAAAUCCUUGUUGCACUGACUGCAUCUUCAACUCCCUGCCUAACACUAAAUGGAGCAGAACUUCCCCCACCCACUCUCUUGUCUUUUCAAGCUGUCUACUCAGAAAACUAAAAAAAAAGGCCAAAGCAUCAUCUUGAAACUGCUCUGAAUUAGAGAGAAGUUGAUAUGUGGCCUUUAAAUCAUUUCAGGAGCAUUUACAGCUGUACUAAAGCCUGUCCAUUUAUGUGCCAAUCACUCAGGUCGUGGGUAAACCAGGGCCACAGUUUGAACAACGUUGCCUUUAAAGUAUCCUGAUAGAUCUUUGGCUCUCGUGCUGGUGGCCUGAACUCUUGAGUGCAUGCCUUCACUUUCUCACACAUGAGCUUUGUCUUAAAAAACAAGAUAUACAUCAUGAAGCACGUGCGGUCUAAUGGCUCCCGAAAGACAUUUGAAGAUCUCUGCUUUUUGUUUUCAUGAACUCGGUGCAGCUCAAAGUCAAGGGAGGGGAACAUUUUUGCUCAUGUUAAAAACUGCCGUCAUAUAGCUGUAACUCAUGUAAGCCCUUUGAAAGCUUUUCUUAAUAUUACAUAAUGUUCUGGGAAUUCUUUAAAAAGAAAGAAGUAAGAGUGUUAGCAUGUUUGUUUGGCUUUUUUUUAUAUAUACAGGAUUAGAGCUUUCAACUGCUGCUUUAAACACCUGGUGUACGCUAAUGCCCGGAUCAGGCUUCUUCAUGCGCCGUAAGAUGUAACACAAAGAGCAGUGGGUGUGACGAAUGCUUGUUUACCUCCAUGUGGUGCAGUAUUCUGACUCAGAGAAGCACAAAACACUAAAAAUAUACAACUAUUGACACGGCAGGACGAGGAGGUUUGAUGUUAUUGAUCCUUACAGAUAAGUCGGUCCAAAUUUCCCUUUUUUAAAGAAUCAAGAAGGUCACACGAGUCUGCAAGCUGUUUUUGGCCACAACUCGCUCAUGACCGCUUGAUCAACUUAUAUGACAUCGUUACAUAUUUUGACUGUGGUGUCAUCUGAUCUGUUGCAUGUGUUUUAUAUAUUUCAGUCAAUGACAGUAAAUUGCAUGUUCACACUAAAGCUUUAACGAGGGGAUUUGCAGAGUUCCCGUUUAAUGGGCCUUUAAAAAAGAAUCACUAAGAAAUUCACUCUUGACAGCUCAGAUUACAGCCACAAUGGACUCAAUUUACAACUGAAGGCUGACAGAUUGAGCGGAUUAGCUCUUGAGGAGCUAGCCGUGUCAUGUGCUAGCUGUUUAGCAACGUAGUUCAUCCACUGCUGGAGAUCUUUAUUUUUAGCCCUCUUCAUGUCCGUAAGUUUAACAGGACAUGUUUUACAAACACUCAUAAAGUUGGUCCUCUGUUUCCUGGUGUCCUCUUCACUUUGUUUACUCUUGUUGCCAUGGCUGCGUUUGUUGUGUUUGCUUCCUCAUUUUAUUCCACUGCAUGACUAUCCUCUGUACGAAAGAGGAUUGGGGCCACAUAAAGAGAAAAAAUGAUAAUAACAGGAAGGAGAUUGAAGUCAAAAUUUCAACAUUAAAGUUGAAAUCUUGAGAUUAAAAAAUCUGAAUUAUGUCGAUAAAGUCAAAAUUUCGAGAUUAAAAAAUUGAAAUUUCAAGAUUAAAGUCAAAAUUUCAAGAUUACAAAAUGUCGUGAAUAAUGUUGAAAUUUCAAGAUUGAAAAAUUACAAUUUUGAGAUUAAAGUUGACAUGAAUAAAGUUGAAAUUGUGACUUUUCAAAUUUCGACUUUAAUCUUGAAAUUUCAACUUUAAUCUCGAAAUGGAAAUUAAAAAAAUCUCCCUUCUGUGAUUAUUUUUUUCUCUUCUUGAGGCCCUAAUCCUCUUUCGUGCCUCUGGGUUUCCCCCACAACAGGAUAUCUGAUGGUAAAUACUGAACUGACUCAUCGACGGAACUGAAAUCACUCUGGACAAACCUCACACUACAGGAAAACCAAUAAUCAAUUAUCAGGAUUUUGCUGGCUCUUGACCCGAAUUUGGUUGGGUGUAUAUGCUGCUAUGAGUGUGUUAUUUACAUGUUGGUGGCUCUACGGGAAGACAACAUCUGUAACAGUAGACUCUACAGUCACGAUCGCCUUAAACAAGCCAACUCUGGUCCACUUAAAAAAGGGAGUCUGGUCUGUUUCAAAACAACCCCUGCUGAGGUUCAUUCAAGGUGUAGAAGCUAAGCAAAACAACAUGUACACCGAAGCAGAAAGUGGGGUAAAGUGGGUCAUCUUGGGUCAAUUUCCUUGUCAAAACCUCGCUUGGCAUCUGUGUAACAAAGACAACUCUCUGUCUCAUCUGGGCUCGCCUCUUUCUUCAGCACCGGUUCAUUCGUCUCAUGCAAAGAACAACAUGCUGAGUUUGCUGCAUUGCCUGCAGCCCACACCGGGUGCCGUCUUGUGAAACCCAUCUAUCAUAAAAGCACCAAAGUAAAAGCAGAAACCCUCAGACUGCAUGCUGCUCCAUUGUUCAUGUGGCGAAUAAGCUGGUGAAAAGGGAACGAUUUCCAUUUUAUGGUCUGGAUAAUGGAUGAGCCAUUUUUCCCCCUCGCUGGCUUCCUCUUCCUCUUUGUCAGUAUUUGUUUGGGGACUGGACCGCCACAAACAAGCUGGUCAUUGACCAAGUGAAGUAUGAAAAUGAACCAAACCACAUCAAAGUGCGACAACAUUGCUUUUCGACCCCAAACAAACCUCGGGACGAUUAUGUGUGACAACCACCUGAAAGAGUUCAUAAAGCAAUGCCACCUGCAGAAAUUCAAAGAUCAUCAACAUGAACGGCAUGAAAAAGCAGUUUGUCACUGUGGCGUCUAAGAGAAGAAAAAGUCUGAAAACAGCUGCAGAUGAAGCGUUUCUUUCUCAUCGUACACAUUCAGGAGAGUCUGUGCCAACAGUUUUUGUGGGGAAUAUGUUGAGGGAGCUUGAACAUUGUCUGCCAGUGUUUCUCCUUGCGUGGUUUACAAAUUACACAGUCUUAUUUUUAGGUUAAAUGAUACAGCAUAGGUCCCAGUGUGGAGGGACUCCUACAGUAACUGCCUACAGCCUACAGUAUGAAUGUAAAGCAUGGGCACAGAUGUGAAACUAUGGUGUGAAUGGCAAACAUUAAUGAAAUAUUGACAUACAAGAAAAAAAACCAGACUGGGAAAUGAGUCUCUUCGUUUUUUGACUCUGUCUGCAAUGUUCUGGGCUGCUGUGUGCAGACAAUGACGGAAAUACUGAUUAGUAGCAGAUGGUGUCAUCCAGGGUGCAGAUCAUAAACUCUGGGAGCUUCACAGUUUGAUAAAUCAGCGCAAGAGCUUCAUGAAGAUAGCAAGAGUGGAAACACGAGACACACAGAUCGCUCAACAAGGCUGGAUCCCUGCUGAGCCUUUGAAAUUCCUUCAAACAGUAUCAUCAUCCUGAUGUAUAGGAAAGUAAAAAUAGGAUAAAAUGACAUGUUUGCUCACUGCACAGUCUUUUAAAAGGGUCAGACACUCUCAAAGCUCCGUUUUGCCAAAGUGCAAGAGCUGGAUGAGAUGAGAGUUUGGCGUCCGAGUAUAAACCAUUCGGUCUGUUCACAUUUCAGAGAUUCAUUAACUCACCUCAUCAACCUUUCACCUGCGCAAUGAUAGCACUUGAACAACAGCCACAACCAUUAGCAAAUUCCUCCAAUUUUAUGACUGAAUUUAUUUCCUCACAGAGUGAAUUUUAUGUUUUCCUCUGUAAUCAUGUUGGGGAAUCAGCAGCACAUGUGGUGGAGCUCCCCUUCAGCGUGCGGUCGCGCUAAGUCAAAGUUUCUUUGUGUAGCUUGUUAAUAAAACUGCCAUAGAUUUUCCAGAGUGGAAAGUUAAGCGCCAAUCCUCCCUUACUUCACUUGAGUGGAGUUUUAAAGUCUCUAUACUUUCUCUGAUUGUUUAUUUUUCCAUUAAGUUUGGACUGUGACCCCAAUCUUUAACCACAAAUGUGUGUCUUUCUGGGAACAUACUCUUUAGGUUAGCAUCAAUGCACUUGUGGAGAGUUAUUGCAUACUUACUGUAUAUUUUGCAUCACUGUGGUUGCCUCCCAAAGAAUAAAAGCCCAUUUUAGCCAGAUUGAGUGAAUUACGAUGUAGGAAAAGUACACUUUGGUGCAUUCAUUAGUGCAUAAAACAUGAGAUGAAGGACUUCCUGUUCAAGUUUAGCACAUAGGGACGAACGUGAUUUCGACUAUUUUGGUUUAAUGUUCUCAGCUUUAGUGAAAACGGCACUGACCAGGUGUGCAGAUAUCCCCCUUUUAAUCAAAUCUAAGAGCUUUUGAGAACUUUAAUGAAAAUAUUUUACACAAGUACUCCUUAAUGAUAAAAGUUUUUUUUUUUUUUUUAUGAUGUUAUUGCAGUCAGCUUUCGUCUUUUGUCAUAAAUUGAACUAAAAAGUUUUGGAAAAAAAUGACCUGAUCAGGGCCUGCUCUCAGAUUUAGUGUUUCAGCUGCGUUCAGGAGUGAUAAACAAAAACAAAAGACCUGAUCGGGGCCAGCUCUUAAAUUUUAUGUUUCAGCUGCGCACGGGAGUGAAAAACAAAACAGAUCAUGCGUGUGUAUCACAGGGCUGUUGUUCUCUAUCGGUGUUAAGUUUAGCAUUUUCAGUGUCAUGGGUGGAAUUAAAACAUGAAGCAAAAUCAGCAAAGUAUCAGAUGCUCUUGGUUGAAAAAUAUUCAACCUUUUUGAACACCUUCAUGCCCAUCAGUGCCACUUUUUCUCUCAUCAAUCAAUCAGAAUCAAGAAGAUGGAUCUUAACUCUGUCAGCAACAAUGUUCAAGAGGAAGCUAACUGGAAAUAUUCGCUUUGAACAUUAUCUUUAUAAUAGCUGGUAGCAGAACUUUCUUCCUUGUUGAACUGACUAUUCAAAUUUGUAUUCUUCAGCGCUGUGUUUUGUGUCUGGGCUACAGCUCAAUACAAUGGCAUUUCCCAUAAUGCAAUAACGCUCUAUUACCAGGAUGUAAACAAGCACAGAUGACAGACGGUGUCUUGUUGUGUGGGGCGAACUGCAGUUUGGUUUGGUAGAAAUUUGAUCCAGGAAACAGAGUUAAAAUUGGAUGUAGAUGGUGUUUGGUUGAACUGGCAUUUCAGCAGUUAAGAGGAGCAACAAACAACCAUCACAGUGUCUUUCCAUUGUCUGUGCAUUUUCCUUUUUUGUUGAUGAAAAGUGCUCUGAAGUUGUGGUUUCUGGUGCUGCCAGCAUUAAGAAUGCCCAUGUGGACAAAGACUCUAACUUAAACUUGAGGAAUAACUUGAGGUUUUGGCAUCUUUGUUCAUAUUAUGCCAGUUUGUCAUACCCUGCAUUGAGCCCACAGUCAGCAGAGAGGAAAAUAUCCAAACUUAGUUCGCCUCAGUGCUAAAUUUACUGGCUUUUGGACCAACGUAGACUAAUGUUAUUCCUUCACCAUGGCUGCAUUAGGCUCAUUUAACCUGACUGCUUCAAACUUUCAAUGCUCAGAUAGAAGCAGGAAACCAGCGGGACAUCCUCCUCAGGAACAUUUGGUAGUCUUCAACAUAUCACUCACUAAGUGCACCUAAAAUCAGUGUGUUUCCAAUGAGUGUACCUCUGCAUAAAAGUCCAGGUGCAGAACAUUCUCUUCUCGACCUGACAAACUGUUAAGUUUUUCCAAUAUCAGUCCUGGCAUGAGAGCGCUGGAGGUAAACCAAUCACCAGAGCGAGUUAAAUGUGGGCUGAAGCUACAGAGCGCCAGAGAUGAUAUAUGGGAUGCCAGUUUACAAAUAAGGUCUGUAGAGAUUAGUAAGUACUGACGGUCUUUGCAGGAGAAGCCGAUUGACUUCAUCAACAAGAAUGCAGCGGUUUGUGUCUUAAUUAUCUCAAGUCACAAACGGAGAGGAAAAUGCUCCGUCAACAUUUCAGAGGGAAAUAUGCAAAAGUUUUUGAACAACAAAAAACGAUCCUCCAUCAUAGUUUACUAACAAGCAUUCCUGCGUUAUGUUCAAACGGGAGUUUCCCAUCGAGCCAGAUGCAGAAAUAUUUGGAUUUUGUGACCAGACGAAUAUUAAAACCAGUCCGAGAGGAGAGAUGGAAGUGAUUAUAACCGGUACCUCUUGAAAAGCAGAAAAUAUCACUGAAAGAUCUUUUUUAUUGAAGGAGUUUAAAGAACAGUUGUCAUAUAUGAACUGAUGAGUAGAUAGCAUCACUGUUUAAGUGUUAGGAAAGGCAAUGCAAGUUCACAUGAGACAUAAGAGACUUGAUAAUGAAUGUAGUAUAUAGACUUAUUUAAGAGGGACAGAUGCUACACUUGUAUUCAAACAUAUUAGUUCAUAUUGUGUUCUGCCUUAAAUGAACUUGAUAUAUUGGUCAAAAAGAUUGGAAUUUUUAAUCUGUUUUUUGUUUUGUUUUUUCUUCUUCUUCUUCUUCCUCAUUUUCUUCCUUCUUCUUCUUCUUCAUUUUCUUCCUCCUUUUUCUUUUUCAUUUUCUUCUCCUUCAUCAUCAUCUUCUUCUACCACUACUUCUUUUUCUUCCUCUUCCUCUUUGUCUUCUUCUACUAUGACUUCUUUGUCUUCUUCUACUACUUCUUCUUCCUCCUCUUCUUCUUUUUCUUUUAACAUUCAUUUUACUCUUAUUCAUCUUCUUCAUCCUCUUCUUUUUCAUUUUCUUCGUCUUCUUCGAUGACUUUUUUCUUUUUCUUCUUCUCCCUCUUCUUUUUUUUAAAAUUUUCUUCUUCUUCUUCUUCUUCUUCUUCUUCUUCUUCUUCUUCUUCUUCUUCUUCUUCUUCUUCUUCUUCUUCUUAUUAUUAUUAUUAUUAUUAUUAUUAUUAUUAUUAUUAGUAGUAGUAGUAGUAGUAGUAGUAGUAGGGUAGUAGGGUUAGGGUUAUCUAUCCUGGGACUGCACCAAUUUCUAUAAUGGUCACUUCUAUUUUCUUGUCAAUAAUACAAAAUCAGGGUGUAAGAUUUAUUUUUGGGAGGUACUUUAACAGCUGUUUUUUUAAAGUCCUGUAUUGUAUAAAACAGAAGAGCUAUAAAACAGUAAAUUUUAUACGUUUUAUCAGUUUAUUGGGGCAAAGUGAGAAGACUAAAUAUGCCACCCAGAAAGAAAGGGAAGCAGUAGUUUGAAAUAUCAAAUCAUGGCAGAAUUUCACUCAAAUUUUCAUCUUUUAUUUUGUAAAAGAUGUAAAACUCAGACCUAACGUGAACAUAAACUUGUUGUAGUCAUCCCUAUGAGCCACAAUAAUAGAUGAUGUUAGUAUAGACUGUGGAGAUUUAGCUUUGCUGCAGCACCUUCUGUGCCCAGGGACCCAAGGCCAGAGCUCCUCCUCCUCCUCCUCCUCCUCCUCCUCCUCUCUGCUGCUCUGAGGAGAUCUCCCUCUCACUUUCUCUCCCUACCCACACACAUCAAUCAUCCUCUCAGUCACCGUUUUGUUGUUCCCUCUUGACAUUUCACUAACACUCACUCUUAUUUUAUAUUAAAUGAAUCCAGAGUUUUCAUUAGCGUUUGUAAAUUUGCUUCAUAUAACUCACUGCUCCACCAUCUCAUCAGCACAAGGAGGAAAACUGGGAAUCUGGAAGUUAUUACGUAAUGACUGCAUCCCAGAAAUGAAAAUGUGAUUGUAAGAACAGACAGUGGGAGCAAAAUGUUGAUUGUUCUUAUGUAAUCCCUUCAAACAUUAACCCAAAUGUGGAUAAGUAUGAGUCAACAUGAAAUAAAAUCAAAACCGGUGUCUUAAUUUAUCACAAUUUCAUGCACUUAUUGUUGGUAUUAGCCUAACGAGGACUUAAGAGUCUCUUUGUUGGUUUUCAUCACGAUAUUUUGCAGUUUGUCUUACUCUGGCAGAAUUUUUGACUCAUCCUGCACUACUGAUUCUGUAUCAAAUUAAGUGCUUUUCAAAUGUUUCCCCCACUCCCUGCUCUUCCCUGUACUUUUUAAGUAAGAAAGUUAAAGACACAUCUCGUGUUGUGGUGCUUUUCAACUUUAGUCCUUAUCCAACAUGUUUUUCAGUUGCAUCUAAACAGAGACAAAGAGAAGCUGACAGACAGUAAGCGAUCAAAUGACAGAGAUAAUCAGAGAAAGAUCAGUGUCACGUUUUCACCAGCAUAUCUCCUUCCAAUUCAACGAGCCAGCAGCCGCCUAGGUGUGUCACAAUGCUUUCCUGUCUUCAGGUGUGCAUCACAAAUUUCAGAAAUGUUGGGACAGCAGCAUGUUUAUCUUUGCUUAGCAUCACCUCUUCUUUUAACAACACUGUAGACAUUAAGAAGCCAAGAAGACUAAUGUUCGGAUUUUUAUAACCAACGUUAAAUAAGAUUUCAGCUGCUCAGUUUGCUUUGGGGCCUGCUAGUUUUUGUUUCACGAUGCACCAGAUUUUUGGGUAACAAUUCAGUCACUGCAAACAGGUCAGUCCAGCACCAGUACUCUUCAACUACAGAGUCAAACUGCUUUAAUACCUGCAGAUUGAGGUUUGACAUUAUCUUCAGCUGAAAGUAAUUGUGUGGAUGCUCCAAAACCUGUGGAUUUUGUGCAUCAUUUUUGGUGCUUUUCAAGAUGUGUAAGCAAUAAGCGUGCAAUGUACCAUCACAGAGACUGUAAGCUGAUUAAAAAACCAGAGGGGCUUCUCCUGUCCGUACAGAGGAAGAGAGAGUGUCCAUGAUUUCAUAUCAAAUUUUGAUUUGCCAGAUCGCAGGACAGUUUUUCACUCCAUCGUUUUUCCUGGAUCAUGUUUAUAUCUGGUUUCUGAAGUUUUAACCUGCAUUUAUGGAUCUAGCAACAACUUGUGUUCACAGACAGUUGCUUCUGGGAGUGGUUUUGUGUCCAUGCAGUGAUUUCCACUACAGAGCCAUGCAUGCUAUCUAAUAAAAUGCCACCUAAGGGCCUGAAAAUCACAGUCGCUCAUGAAUGGUUUUUGUCUUUGUCACUUAGAUAGUCUGAAUCUUCUUAUGGUGUUAUGCAUUUAUGAGCAAUAUAAGGAAAUCUCACCUUUAAUGCAGGCCAAGUGUUCAAAUAGACAUCUGUGAAUAUUUCUAAGCCUACUAGAUUGACUCAACCUGAUUACAUCACUGUGACAAUCAGCGUAGCGUAAAGCUGGCUGUGUUUAACAAGCUACCAUCGGGCAAUUAACGAGGUUCUCACAGUCCUGCCAUCCUCCGAAAACCCCACAGGCGACAAAGAAAGUAAACAAGAUUCCCUCUGUUCAUCCUUCCACUCAGGAUUUCGGCGAACCACACAAACAAAAGCUUGGCAGGGCGAGUUUUAAGCCGUGUCAUCUGAUUUUUGUGAUAUAACAUUUACACAUUCUCCCCAAAACCCCAAGCAUAGUGUCACUCAGGAAAUAUUCUGCUGUGUUGAAAUUAGGAAUCAAGUAUCAACAAAUCCCACCCACAUAAGUCCAGUAUAAACUCCUGAGAGUCAAACACUGGUUAUCUCACUUUGAUUUAAGGCCUGAUUAAAGCCAAAGUAUGUGCGGCAUUUUUGUGUAAAAACAAAAGUCUGAAUACAAACAUGAGGCAUCUUUUAGUCUCUCCUGCAUAUUAGACUCUGCAAACAACACAGGUAUAUAAAGGUAGUAUGAUACCAGCUGAUACAGCUGCUCCAGAUCACAGUAGCUUUCUCUCAUCUUGAAAUACUUUGGGGACGGCAUUAGAUUUCAACACACAGAGACCUCAAAAUCAAAUGAGAAGUCCCUCAGUGUUAAGGUUUAAUGAUUAAUGGUUGAUACAGAUGCUUUCCACAGUUUUCUAGCUCCCCUGUCGAGUUCUUACUCGCCCAAAAGAACAAUUCAUAGCGCUGCGUUUCGUAAAAACAGGCCUGCUGAAUGACUCAAACGUGGUUGUAAAUUUGUACCUGUAACAAUCCAUCUCAGUAUGAGGGGAAAUGCUCUGAAUGUCCUGUAUUUGAAGUAAGAUCAGGACUUAUUAACAGGAGUUUUUUGGCAGUACACCCUGGUGAUGUCUCAGGGAUCAGAUGCCUUUAGUAUAAUCGGUUUCAGACACUAAAGUGUUUGAAAAAUGACAUAACAGAGACAGGGAAAAGCACAGAUUUGGUGCAUUUGUCAUGAAAUGUGCUGAAACCGACAGCGGUUCACAAAGCUUUCAUUAUUUUGUUCUUGAAGCUCUCUUUUUUGCACUAUUCUUUCCUUAAACCGGCGAUGAAAAAUAAACAGCGUCAUCAGAUCAAAUAAACAUACGAGGUAGGAGGAUGCAUUUUUCUCCAGAGUUUGCAGAGAGAAAAUAAACGAGAGCACGUUGUUUCUUUAAAACCGAGGGAAGAGACACAAACAAAUGAAGUCAUUGACGGUAAAAUUUUACUGACCUCUGUUUGGCCGAGAAAACUCUAUAAUAUGAAUGAAAUUACCAUUGUGAGAAACUCCUCUGGGAAAGGUUUGAAGCCGAGGAAAGUCGUGCUAUGUAGCUGUAAUUCUGUCACUGAUUCUGUCCUCAGGAGGAGAAGAAAACGACUUCUGAGAUGCUUAUUUAUUGAACAGUAGUUGAUCAUUCCUGAGGCGUUCAAGGAAAUGGGAAAAAUCCAAAGUCUGGCUUAGUGUCAGCACAGCUCAGGUUGGAGUUUUUGAUUCAUAACAGACUGUGUACGACUCUUGCAUAAAGACAUUUAUUCAUGGAGAUAAAUUAAUUGUCACCAGAUGGGAAAUGGAGUAUCAGUACAGCAGAUUUAGUUUCGCCUGACUGUUUUCCUAGCGUACUCGAAAACCUGUGAUUGAUCAAUUAUUGCUCUGAUUAUAAACACACAAACAACAGAACCAGAACAUAUCACAUGCUAAAAAUCCAGACCUCUGAGUACAGAUUGUACAAUUUUUACGAGUAGAGAUUAUGUUCAUCGGAAUUGAAUACAUCACAGCUCUGGGCUUGGUGUUCAUGCUGAGAUUUUUGUCGUUCUGUUUACAGACAAUAAAUUUAAAAGAAAGCAUCUAGCAUGUGUGUAGAGGAAAACUUCCCCUAAGCGUGUGCAGUUUCUACAAGGGGGUUUGAAUUGGCCCCUAGGGUGACGUCACGGCAAGAGAGAUUAGACAUGCAUGCAUAACCAGCUCCACUCCCACUCCCACUCCUUGGCCAGACAUGCCAACUGCUCUGUUGUUGCAAAAACCAACACAAAUGUCAGUAUUCUGUCCCUCUAACCCUAAUCCUUACCCCAACCCUAACCCUACAAAGGCAAAAAAAAUUAGGAGUAAUACUCAAAAAGCUGUUUUAAUUCGGCUGCAACCAGGUUCUUCUGGUGCACCCUCCAAGUUUGUUUUGGUGCUUUUUCCAUCCCUGCAUCCUUGUGCACCACUCUGCUCCUUUCCCCCUUAGUGUAUUACUGCAUGGAUGAUGAGGAUAGAAUCUGAGAAGCUGCAACCAGAGACAUGUAAACAGCUAAAAAUACAAAUACAUGGGAUCUUGACAUCAGCAGCUACAAAGGAAGAGGUCAUUGUGGUGGUAAAACGUGGCAGUCAAGAGCCCUAACCCGGGGAUUCUACCACAUGCAGAUCUGCUCUGCUCUGCACCGGAACGGCAGGUGGAUCAAAUACGCAAGCAUUCAGCUCUAACCUGCUGCAGCAAGCUGAGGAGAAGAGCUUGCAAUAUUAUCAAUAUUUCUCGUGAGACUGGACAAGAUCUCACAAGAUCUCAUGUGUUUCACCGUGAGACAUUGGAUGAGAUCGGCGGCGUAUAUAAACACCCACAUCCCACAACCCUGGUUUCUCCCAUUAUCACGUGAAGAACAGCUCAAUGUAUUGACUUUAUUUCAUUUUGAAAAUUAACCAGAUAUUUUACUCCAUAGCCGCAUUCAACUUCUGCUGCUGCUCUUGCUGCCCUGCACUGAAUUGAUGCGACUGGCAAAAAUAGAAGCCUUGCAUGUCUGAUCCGACCGCCAGAGCCGAUCCACAGUGGAGCCAGACGGAUUAUGUCACCUGCAAAUCCAGCUUUAAAUCCCUGAUGUCAGAAAACAAAAUAAUUUGGUCAUAAGCACAUUUGUGCUUUAGAUAUUGUCAGUCUGCCCCCAAAGUUGCUUAUUUUGAUCAAAGAUGACAAGACUGUUCGUUUAUGGGAAGCCCAAUCCAUGACAGCUUGAAAUGGGCUACACCAAACUAGAUGCUAAUGAUCAUCUGUUAACUUACAAAUGGAGAAGAAGAGCCUCGCUGGCAAUGAAGCAAAGAAGACUCAUCUGGUAUCAGUGCCAUAACCACAAACUUACUACUUGAGUGAGUGAGGAGUACUAUAAAUAAAAAGUGAGGACAGUGACAUCCUCUGUAGACAUAUGAAUAUUUACUGAAUAUCUAUACACAGCAAAUCUCAUGCAAAUUCAGCCAUCAUUACAUUUGGGAGAUUACGCAAACAUAACUUUACAAUGCCAGCCACUCUGGCCAAAUUUCUCUCACUGGCAUGACUCAACAUUUGGCAUGACGAACUUAAAGAGCUAUAUGAAGUAAUUCUCAGCAAAAAACACAAUACUGCCUGACCUAUAUAUUUUCAUCAUUCCCCAAACUAUUGUAUUUUGUAGAGGAUGUGUGAUUUGCAUGUUACAUGUGUCAGUCUCUCCAGCUCGGAGUAUUUCAAACGUUUCAGGUGCCAGGUUUCCUUUUUGGAUUGUGCUCCUGAGUCAUUCUGACCCUAUUUUUUGUUAAAAACACAUAAACCUUGGUGGUGAAGUCAGAGCUUGGAGAGGAGAGCUGGAAACUAUAGUUGUUUGUCAAACCAAAUGACAUCCAUCACCUUGAGUCCAUGACUCCUCUGGAUCUCUGAUGUUUGAACCAUUAAAAGAGGAAUUCCACAUUUAUUUGAGGUUAUAUGAUGCACACUAGAUAAGCAUUUGUUCAUAAUGUGGAGCAAAUCACCCAAAAAUCUGAAAAAGUAAUGGAAACUUGAGUCAAGCAGAUUAGAUAUUAGAGCAGUGUGUUCCCGACUCUCUUUUUAUGGCAUGAUCUGGUGCAAAAUAGAAUCCUAACAGGGUGAGAUGAGACCCAGACAUAAAAUAAAGGAUUCUUGUCACUCAACCACGAACUAUAACUAUACAUUAUCCCACCAAUUAGCUGACCAACUACCAACUAAAUCUGAUCUAAAGAUGAUGAAACAUAUCAAGAAGACAAAAAAAGUCCAUAACACUGUCAUAUAUGACUUAAUAUUUCUCUGCUUACACUAUCAGCUCUUGAUAUAAAACAAUUUCAGGUACUGGUUCCCUGUAAAAUCCACUCCCUCUGUGAGACUGUCAACUUUCCAGCGAUAGACUCCAUGUGUUUUGAUGACUUCCAGGGACUUUCCCAUCCCUUAGAAUGUCAGUGGUUUUUUAGAUGCUGUCCAGAUUCAUUCCCUCAAGUUGAACUGUGAUAAUUUUUGUGUUAGUAUUAGUUAGCCAAUGUGCCAAUCACAAAGUGUGUCAUUGAUCAACUGACCUGGCUGAGGCCAAGCUUCUGCAUUUUAGCAGAGCGGUCAAGGUGAUAAAACUUGAGCCAUUCGAGCCGUUAUUACAGGUCUACUUUUUCAUACAGAAAAUCCACACAAAUGUUUACAGUCCUCAUGGCAGUGGUUUCUGGUUUGAUUCCCAGCCAUGACCCUUUGCUGCAUGUCCCACCUUGCGCUCUUCAUUUACUGACUCUCCUCUGCUGUCCUGUCUAAUUAAUGCAAGAAGUGCUUCUCAGUGAAAAAAAAGGAUUGAUAAGAUGAAGUUUUAAUUUUAGUGGUAUCAAUAAAAAGCAUCAAUCCCAUCUACACUUAUGGGUCAACUUUUUACUCAAUCUAACUUUCUAAAUUCACAGUAAAUUCCUAAUAUCACAGUUUUUUUUUUUUCUUUUACAGAUGCAGAAAAUAACUUUUUUUUAACCUUUUUUUUUUUCUUUUCAUACAACCAGACUUGUAAACAUCCAAGGCCUUUGCUGUUUUAGGAUCUAUUCGUCUGUUUUCUUCAGUUUGGAUGAUGUCUUGUUAAUUUAGAUACUUGUGUGUUUUAAUAUCCCUCACUUAUUUUGGCACUUUUCCCAUAUUUUUCGGUCACUCUGGUCAGCCAUUACCCCGCCUUUAGAGUUUUGUGCUCUUUGCCAAAUUGAGAAUUAUGUUCAAACAUCCUCAGGUUGUCCACAGGUACUACUGGAUUUCAAUAUUUUUGUCAUAUAAUUACCGUCAAAAGGCUAUAAUCAGUAACAGUGCACUAGAUGUGCCAAUCUCCUUAUUGUAAAUUGAUCAGAUAUGUGUCCCUGGAGUGAUCAGGUUGUCCCUGUCCCUGUCAAAAUCAAGCAUUCAACACAGCUGUAUAAUUGGUUGGAAAGCAGGGUAAUAAUAACUUUUUGUAUAUUUAAAAAUAGUUAGAAUUUUCCUUUUAUCUUGUCAGUAUCUUAAAGUUUAUAUUCAGAUCCAGCCUCAAACUGAAACAGCCAGUGAACAGUCCUGUCUUCCAUAUCUAAAAAGGGAACUUUGAUUUAUAAUUUAAAUGAAACACUUUCAAACUGAUUACAAACCCAUCUUACAAAACUAAAACUGACAGUUUAAUGAGUAGCAAGUCUGGGGAGUAUUUCAACUUUUUCCACCCCUGACAUUUCUAAUCUGAUGUUCACUGGUCCCAGCAGAACGCUUUAAUCACCAGCGAGCACUGUCAUACUCUUCUAUGUCUGACUCACCGUUCACUACUGUUUCUAAUUUCUGUCAGGUUAGUGAAUCCAUGUUGUUGAAAGGAAAUCGCCCCAUUUGGUAAGAAACUGUUUGUCCUUCAGCCCCUCCUCCUUUUUUUCUUUCCUCUAAAUGGAAUGCACAUUUCCAAUUGACGCAAACCAGCGCAGAGAAGUAUCCUAUUGGUACACGAAGGUCUACCCACAUCCAGCCCUGCUAUGAUCCCUCUACAGGACUCCAAAAAUGAGACGUAUCAGCUUUUCUUUCCUUGACACAGCAGAGGGAGGGCUUAACAAAAACCUGACAGUCUCCAGACACAGGUCACUGCUUGCCAGCUGAGUUGAAGCAUCUUGAGUUUCCAUUGUAUUAGAGAUUAUUUUCAUGUUCUAUUUUUAAACGCUGCACACAUAACUGGAAUUCUCCUUUUGAGCCGUGAUAUUGACCUCUUGGAAAAAAAGUUUCUGAGAAAUCGCAGUCGACCACGUACAGUUCUUAGUUUUGUUGCCCUCUAAAGUAAAAGGUUUUUACAUUAAAUUCACUGAGGCACCUUCCACAUGUAUGCAGAUGCUUCUGAAACUAUAAUCCAUUUGAAACUAUAAUCCAUUUCUGCCCCUUGCCCACACAAAAUUUAGUUUUAUGACAAUGAGUGCAAAAUGCUGGCAUACUUGCACAUGGCAUUUGUUGCAUACUUGCAUUGAACUUGAACCAAGGAGACAAAGUAAUGGCUUGUUAGUAUCCGCUCAGUACAAUUAAGUUUUUGCAUCCACCACAUUUGGAAUGGCUACGAAAAGGCCAUAUCCGCUGAUCGUAGCUGAUCGUAGCUGAUCGUAACCAUUCAAGUUAAUGUGUUGAUUUCCACCGGCUUCUUUCCGUUCCUCCGCAGCUGAUCGCAAGAGUUCCAUUUUUUCUGUACGCUGUAUCAUGCCAGAUAAAUUCAGCACAGAUUAACCCGUGCUGGAAAGGAAGUCGGGCACAGACACAAAAUAAAACAUCCGACUUCUUUUCAAAAUAAAACACUGUGAUUCAGGUGGAUCGUAUUUCACACCAUGCAAACGGUCAGGGAUAAAUAAGUGAAAGGUUUAUAGAAAGCAUUUCACCUCGAUGACACCAUGGAUGAGGACAUGCUGAUUGUUACUUGUUAUCGCACGUUUGCACGUGAAUCCACAGGUUCUUGUGAGUUCUUGCGAUUCCUGCUGUCCGUAAUCCGCCACAAAAUUCGCCUCACAAACAGAUCUGGUAGGAAUUGACAGACGGUGAAAAUUGCAGCCAUUCCGUAUUGGAGCUGUUCCGGAUGUGGUGGAAAUCACAGGUAACGAUUGUUGCGAUCAAGCUUGUUUGGGGAAGGGAAGCAACAAAAAUAGUGUGCAGACUCCAAACAGUAUGAGGACUAGGGGCAAACUGAUCACAAAGCUGCAUGUUCACUAAUGAAGUAGGCAAACUCAACACUCAAGUCCAGCAGAUACUUUCUCCUCUGAUUGGUGGGUGGCCUCUCGGUAGCUGCACACCAAUCAGGGUCUUAGGUAGAACCACAGGUGGAUUGUAUCAGGUCUGCAGGAUGACUCGCACCGCAGUUCUCACACAUACACCCACAGAGCUUUCUAAGAGAGGUUACUCACACAGAGGAAGUACAGACUGGGCUGUAACACGAGGAGACUUUGCUGUUGUCCAGCAUAGAGGCACAGGAGUGGAUGAAUACAUCACACUCAGUAGUGUUUGAUUUGCCGCUUGGUACACAGUUUAUAGAAACUUGUUUAAAAUUAGCUGCUCAUUCAAGUGGACGCUCUUUAUACCUAUGCAUGAUUUUUUAUGGUGUUUUGAUUUAGGAGAAUGAUUAGCCUGCACACUAUCGCCACCUACUGGUUUGGCAUGCUUAUGUGGCCUUUCUGCAUUGGCGUAUGGACAGAGGGGGGAAAUAUGGGGGGUGGAGACUAGAUUGAUUCUCACAUUCCCAGUACAACAACUAACUUCAACUUAAUACAUACAUACUGCUUGAUUCCGUCUUUUUUAUUUUUCAGAAGGAAUUUAAUCUUGUUGCAGCACCAUUCAUGGUAAUAAUGCCCUUUUUUACAGUGUAAUACUGAGUUUAAUUAAGUUUAAAAAAAAUUGAGAAAAAACUUACCAGGGCUAACUCUGUGGGGUUUGCCGUGCAGAGGUCCUUGCCAAGACUUUUUUUUUUUUGUGGUUGUUUUGAAGUUCAUCACUCAUGGUUGCCAUAUUGGAAAUGCUGACCAAUUAUAGCUUGUAGUCAACCUAGCAAGAGGCAAAGAAAGGGAGAGCCAUUAGCGGUCUUGCUAACUGCUGCCAAGUACCUGUCUGUCAGUCAAACCUUCUCUGCUCCCAAUUCUGCAAAACCUUAAUAUCUUUAGAUAGUGUGUUUGUGGAUGUAGAAAUUAGCUCUCCGGACCAAAAUCAUGAUUUUCUAACUAGGCUAUGAAAAUAUUUAGCUACUUUUGCCGUAAAAUGGGCUGUAAUGGGUGUGUAUGUGGCCUCCAGGUCUUUUGAAGCAAGCCUCAACUGGACAAUCGAGGAACUGCAGUUUCCAACACUUAGACAUCAGCAAUUCUCAAGACUGGAGGCUGCUGCUUGGAGCACUAAAUAUCCAACAAUAUUGAUGCCCAUUAAGGUACACAACACAAGCAUGCAAGUAGCUAAAAAUAUCAAUUUAGCCUCAAAUAAUUUAAGUCUUUUAGGAAUAAUCUCCCCGCAGUCCAGCUAACAAGUCAUGCAAGGACCAAACAGAGCUAACUUGUAAUUGGCCAUAUAACUUUCUUAAACAGGAUAACAGCAUCACUUGCUAACUCACAAUUGAAUUUGAGCAAAGUAGGCUAUUUAGACUCAGCAGAGCCCUGUAUAUGUGAGCAAACUGACUAUAUUGACCUUCUUGUUUUGUGCAACACACUGUAAAUCACCUGUGAUCAAGCAUAGCUACGAGUUUUGGUCACUUUCUGAGUGCAAAGUGGCACAGCCCACUUCACCUCCAUCACAGCCCCACAGUGAAAGUGAAUAAGCUCCACACCCACAGAGAGAGAGAGAGAGAGAAGGUGAGUUUGUUUGACAAGGCGGGGAUGACGGUGGGCAUCUCGGUGCAGAGGAGUGGUCGCGCAACCCCCCGGCGUGGCCAGCCUGUCUGUGCGAGCAGGGUAAGACAAAUUACGCCAUCCAUCGGAAGGUAAUUAUGUAACUCCGUCUCUUAACAGCCGACCUCGAACCGUUCAAACCCAGAGCAGUUUGAUUGACAGGCUCCGCGCGAGCCUCUAUAUAAGAGGAGGGAGGAGAGAACCUCGCUCACAGUUGUGCCUCAAGUUCUCCAGGCUGUGGAUGUUGUGCACCAAAGUGGACUUUACGGUUUUACGCACGAGGUUGACAGGAGAUACCACCUCUCAUUCAUUUCACUUUCAACUCAGAUCGGCAAAUUGAGUGCUUUUUUUUCACGACUUCGAUCUUUAUUUUUGUUUUAUUGACGGAUAUCAGACAGAAUUAAGAAAAGAAACGCUGCACUUACUGGUAAGUAAAAAUAACCCGUUUCUUUUUACAUAUGAGAGUGGUGAUGAAUGAUUUCAACUCAUGGGAAUAGUUUAUAUCCUGUUGGAUCCUAACAUUUGAAGAUACAUUUAAUAUCAGAUUGCUAUUUUAUUCCCUUACUAUUAUAAAGCUGCAGAUGUGAUGCUCUAGAGCGAAAAAGGAGCCGGUUCAGCCUGAUUUUCUUUUAUAUCCAGUGCUGCACCUCGAUUUAAGUUUGCCUUUUUUAACACUGCAACUGGGAGAGGACUGUAUGAGAUGUAGAAGUGCAGAUGCAAAACUUGAAAUGAACCUAAGGUGUCCAAGAAGGUGCAAAUAAAACUAAUAAAAAGCAUUUCUGUUGUUUUUGAAGGAGAUAUGAUACUCAGGAGGAGUCUGUUUUUGCUGCUCUUAUCAUUAAAUGUCCUCCACACAUUAGCUCAAGGUAAGUCAAAACUUAUAUUCUACUUUUGUGAUGACUAAAGUCGAUAUUAAUCAAACUUUUAACCUCUAAAAACUAAGUUUAUGCUGUAUACAUUGAAAGAUAUCUAAAGUAGAAGUCCAUUUCCAUCCUCUGUAGAUGUCGAGCAGGAGGACGAAACAUCAUUUGACUUGUUUGAAAUCAGCCACAUCACACGCAAGACUCUAGGGGCCAAACAGUUCCGGGGCCAAAACUCUGAUGCCCCGGCUUACCGCUUCAUCCGCUUCGACCACCUGCCUCCAGUGAGCCCCCCUGUACUCAAACAAAUCCUGCAACAGAUCCAGAACAAUGAGGGCUUCAUAUUUGUGGCCAGCAUUCGCCAGGACCGCGCCUCUCGGGGGACUCUGAUGGGUCUCGAGGGCCCCGAUGGCCAACGCCAUUUUGAGAUCGUCUCCAACGGACGGGCCAACACUCUGGACCUGGUUUACUGGGAGCACGACUCGCAGAACGUGUUGUCAUUCGAGGAUGUGGACCUGUCCGACUCUCAGUGGAAGAAUAUCACGCUUCAUGUUCACGGGGAGAACGCAAACCUGUUCGUGGGCUGCAGCCUGAUCGACAGCAUCAUCCUGGACGAUCCUUUCUACGAGCACCUGCAGGCUGAGGGGAACCGCAUGUAUGUGGCGAAGGGAUCCAGUCGGGAAAGCCACUUCAGGGUGAGGCAGAGGAUAUGUCCUUCUGUUGUCUAGACAAGACAAACAGAGCACACUCCCUCUUGAAGUGAAGCAGAGUGGUUCUCUUUGUUACUCUUUGGGGAAAGGAGUCCAUAUUUAGACUUUAAAUUGCCCCUGUGUGUAAAAAUGUUUGUGACAAGUUUAAGAGAUGAUUUCAAAGCUCCUAUGUGAAUGUUUUUAGUGCUUGAAAAAUAGACAUUAGACUUGUGCAAAAGUAGCUAUUAAAUAAAAAUGUGGCGUAACCACGGUGACUAAGAUGCAUCCCUCUUUUUUUCUUGUGCAGGGCCUUCUGCAGAAUGUACGUUUCAUCUUUGACACCGCAGUGGAAGACGUCCUCCUCAGCAAAGACUGCGAGGUUGCAAAACCGGGUGAGAGAAAUGUGGUUAUCUUAAACCAAUAUUCACCAGAGAGCGCCUGCCAAACUAGAUCAGUGGGAACCGUCUCGAACUGUGUGAUUUUCACGAGCCAAAUGAUGAGUCAAAAUAAUUAUAUUAGCAACCCCUUUCAAGCUGCGAUACCUUACAGAUGGGAUUGGGAAACGCUUUCACAUGCGAUCCUCCCAUGCAUGGUAUCUGUGUUUUGUUAAGUAUCAACCACAGUGACUCUCCAGACCUAACUGCUUAGCGUUCUCAGUUGACUCCCCUUCACGUGAAUUUAACUCUUCUGCUUCUUCAAAUGGGUCAAAAAGUGUUGCAGGUUUCAUGUGUGGCGAGAUCCCCCAGCAUUACUUCAUGCUUGCGGAAACAGCCGUGUCGAAGCGGUGGCUCAAAGCUGAGCAGCGUGCGUGGUGAACAAAAGGAGAUACAGAUGCUUACAUUUAUUUCUGUUGGCGGCGGAGUCGGGCUAAUGCCCUGGGAAAGAAAACAGAAAAUAGAAAGUGGAUGCUAUGCUGCAAAGUGGGAAGCUUCCUCCUCCAGCUGCGCACACAAACACACACAUACAAUGAAGUCAUAUAUUGGCUGAUUAGGUUACUUUUCUCAGCUGAAGCUUCGCUCACAUGCGCAAUAAUACCCCGUGAUCCUCAGCGAGGCUCACGCGAGGAGCGGCUGCGGCUAAGAAGAAACAGAUAUCUGGGUGAAUGUGGAGAUAAUCAUCCUGGACAACAAAGCUGAAGGGUCACCAAAUUUGGCAGCGGCGUCUCCGACCCGAUGUGACAAAACAUAUCCAUAUGUGGCGUGCGUGUUGAGCUUUGAUGGAGAUGUUGUUGCAUUUCUGUUGAAUUCCAGCUGAAUGACUUUAUGAGUUGAACAAACGUCACUAAAAAGGCCUGGAAGUUUUCUGCAUGCAGGCAGGUAGCGGUGAAAGUUCUGCUCUGGUAGUAAUCCUAAACCCCUAAACCCACAAAGCUAGUAAUGAGCGGCAUUAAAUCUACCCCUAGCUGCUUAAUUCUUUCCUCUAUCUGCUUGGAGAAAGCAGAGGAUUCCUAUCAGGAGGGGAAGAAUGUGCAAAUGCUUUCACAGACGAGCUAGCACGCGUUCACAUGCACACACAGCGUGAAAACCUCCUGAGAUUUGAAUGAAUCCAGCAGACUGAAAAGGAAAGAAAACACAGAGCUGGCUACAGAGAGACAACACUGGACAAUUUGGACGACUUCAUGAUUUAGAGUCCCUGGCCUGCUGUUAAUCUUCACCAAUUUACACAGUGAGGUCCAAAGCAGUUGCAGAAAUGUGCUGUGGCUCUGGCUGACUGACAGUCGUCCCGUGGAGCUUUGAUAUGUGUGCUGUUUUUUGCAUUUAGCAUCCACAAAGCUCAUCAUGAUGACUGAAUAUCAAGGGUUUAAGAAAGGGAAAUGAGUUGAGGGUUAAAUGGGAGUGAUUUAAAGGACAGAAACUCAUCAUUUCAGAUGGAAUACAGCUCGCAAAAAGUAUGCUCUGACCUCUGCUGUGAUUUGAAUUGUGCAUAUCUGUGUCAUACAACCAUAGCAGCUGGUAGACACAUCACUGAAGGCUGCACCUGAUACAUAGAUUGUGCGAAGACGAGUGAAGAAUUGGCCUCAUUUGCACUUUAAUUAAAGCGUAAAAAAACAGCGAUUCACAAGACAACCUGCAGGAUUGUGGACUCUUAAAGCCUUACAACUGAACAACACCAUGAUCCUCUCAGGCCACCGUUAAAUCUAUCUGUGUGGUCACUCCAGACUGUUCAGUUCAUAUUGGAAGUGUCCACUUACCAAAAACAUUGCGGGGAUUUACAGCGGCUGGUUUCUCGUGACACGAGGAACACCCAGGGUUUUUGCUUUUCCAGCUCCGCUUUCGCAUCCCCUCCUGUCGUCCUGCCGCAGCUGAGCUGCUGUCGUCUGUAGUGGAAAGAUUUACCGUCACCAUUUCAAACACUGAUACAUCUUUCAAACCAAACAGCGCUGUCUGAACAUCUGUUUUCGAGAACACAAUAAACAUCGUAAUCACCACAUUGUUGUGAUCUUUUGACCGCCUUCAGGAAAACAGGAAAUCACUCGGUUGCCUGAUCAGAGUCCUUGUUUUUCAAUCAUCGUAUCGCUCUGAUAUGUUUCCCAUCAUAAGUCUGUGGAGCUCAUUCUCUCUGAUGUCUCCUGUUCUGCACCUCCAGAUGACGCGAAUAUCGUGAGUGAGAGCACAGAAAUCGUGGAUGUGAGCCCCUCCAUCACCACAAACAUAAUCGGCAAGAAGACGGACGAUGUGGGCGCAGAUAUGUGCGAACGCUCCUGUGAGGAACUCAGCACCAUGUUCCAGGAACUAAACGGCCUCCGCGUUGUCGUCAGUAACCUUAUUGAUGGCCUGCAGAAAGUGGUGAGUAGCAGUGACACGCUGUUAAUGGACAUAAUCUUGACAUGUGUUUGUUUUAGAAGAGCUUCUGCCUGUUUCGCUCUACUUUUAAGGCCAAGCUCAGUGAUGAAUGUGACAUUGUGGAGCCCGGACUGGUUUGAGAAAAGAAAAUCAACAUCUUAGAGGAGCUGGACAUUUAAGGAAAACAAAUGAAACAAUCCCCAGGCUGCUGCCAGGAGCUGAGAAGUUUAAAUUAGGUUACUAGGUAACCUACAUUGGUUUAAAAGCAAACAUUUAGUAGCCGCAGGACUGUUUAUAGAGUGGCCCGUGAUGGCUGAACCCGUUUGACUCUGGCUAUCUGUGGCAGUGUGAGUCAGACAGCUUUUAUGACAUGUUACAUGUGGAUAUAGGAAGUGUUCCCCUGGCAGCAGCAGGGUCCAGUCUAAUGUCUGGCUGUGUUUAAACAGCCCAUGUGUUUCCUCUGGGAGCCUCCCAGCAAUAAGAGAGUCUGGGCAUGAACCUUAGGAGGAAAAAAAAAAAAAAAAGAAACGGCUGGGAUGAGAAGGGUCCCUGAGGCUCUUCCAGAUCGAGUGGUGUCUCAGAUUCUUGUGCUGCUCACUGCUGCCUCCCUUCUCCACAAACACACACAUACAUGCACACAUACACACAAUCACACAAACUUUUGGCAGCGGUGUAUCGCCUGACAGCUCCUUAGUGUUUCAAAGUCCAGCCAGAGAUCCAGUGGUCUCCAACUGGGUUGGAGGUUAUGAUGUGCAAAACUGAGUAACACUGCAGUGGGCUUUAAUUCCAGGAACAUCACAGAAAUUGAACAUUUGUUAUGUAGAAUCACAAGAAACAGUGUAAAUUCACAUUUUACAAGUGUCCUCAUAAAUAUGAUAAAGUAGUUUUUCUGUUUACUCACUUCAAGUUCAUUUGAGUUUCCUCAAAUCAGGGGGUCUGGAGGAAAGAUGGUUCAAAAUGAUGUGAUGCAAGACUUAACAUGAGAACUCAAGAAGAGUUUUACUGGCUGAACAAUAGAGUUUCUAAAACUUUUACUGCUUCUCAAUAUAAAUAAACUACGUUAUGUUACGAUCUAAUCUUUCUGAGUUUAGGAAACAGACUGGCUGUACUGUAAUUGUUUAUAUAUGAGCUGCAUGGUGAGUCGAGUUCAUUCAUGAGGCACCAAAACAAACAAAAACAGAACAGCAGUAAAAGAAAAAUGACAUUAAAGCUCCUAUAAGGAGUUUUUAACUGGUCACGUGGUAUUGACUCACCCUCAAACACCUGCUUAUGGAUGUAGACUCACAUGUUGCCCUGUCUGUUGAGUCACAGCUUGCAUCUUGACUCAGAUCUGAUAUACCCCCCACAUGGGUGCUCAACACAGCCGACACUCACCAAUUUUAACACAUACAGGUGAUUGAAAUGCUCGUAAUCCAAAAAUAGUUCAUCAAAUGCAAGUUAAAUAUUUCAUUAAGAUUGACAUUACAGUUGGUUUAUUAAGAAAAGUGAUAUAAUUAGUUAAAAUUAGGGCUGUCCCGAUACAAUAUUGACAUUGGAUAUCGGUCCAAUAUCAGCCAAAAAACAAAUAAUGGAUUAUAUCGGCCUGCUUCUAAAAUCUCUGAUAUCAGCACUUAGAUACAAGCACCUGGAUCCAGAAUCCACUCCGGCACCUCUAGCUAGCAGCACCUGGAUCCAGCAUGACAUGAUCACAGCUGACAUGAUCACAACAUCAGUGUUUACUGAGGUACAAAUAAAGUAGCAAGGACUAAGAGUGACGUCGGCUGUGUGGCAGUAUUUUUCAUUAAAGUCCGAGAAAGACAUUGCAGCUGAGUGCAAAACUUAUCAUGCACAAGUUUGUGCCAAUAUAGGAUCAAUACCAGUAUCGGCCGAUACUGAAGGCUAUGAUAUCAGUAUCAUAUCAGAAGUAAAAAAGUUGUAUCUGGACACCUCUCGUUAAAGUUAAUAGAACUGGCAAAAGUUUGGAGUGAAAAAUGGGGAAAAAAAACAAGCAAACAGGCCCAUAAGUCACUUUACUAAAACUACAAAUCACAGGUGGAAAAUGUUAUCGAUCUUCAUUUGUCUUUUCUUCCACAAGACCUCAUUGCCAGUAAAAGGUUAGACCGAGGAUUUUAAGCUGCAGUGUUGUACGAGAUAAAAAACUACCCGCCUGGUCCAGACAGGCUGCCAAAAUCAUCUCACAGCUGCUCUGAGUGAAUAACAGCAUUUUUGAAGCAGGAUGAUGAACAAUGCCUCCUCACUCCACCUGGUCUGAAGUAACCUCACACGUGCUCUCGUAAAAGAAUCAGCUUGUCGGCAGGUGUACACCUUGACAUGCAUAAUGGAAUACAGCGCACCUUUCUCCAACCAUUCCUGAGUGUAAAUCUGUUCGUUGUUGUGUGUUCAGACGGAGGAGAACACAAUCAUGAAGGAGGCCCUCGGGAAGAUUAAGGACUCCAAAGAGAAGAACAUGUGCUGGCAGGAUGGCCGCCUGUUUGACGACAAAGAGGACUGGAUCGUGGACAGCUGCACCAAGUGUACCUGCCAGGUAGUGCCAAGUCAGAUAGAAAAAUGUACAAAUUAACGGUUUUACAUCAAUGAUCUGAUUUAUCUUGAAUAUUCAUUCACGCCAGGAGUCGAAGAUCGUUUGUCACCAAAUUACGUGCCCCCCUGUGGCCUGUGCGAGCCCCUCAUUUAUCGACGGCGAGUGCUGCCCUGUGUGUUUGCGUAAGUAGCCGGCGCUUCCAGCAUAUAAACACGACAAUAAACACGCACACAGUUUUAUAUAUACAUGCUAUUUUAACUCAGUGGUUCCAUAUGCUUUAAAAAAACAGUAUUCCACAUGUAUUUAAAUCUAAUUUCUCAGGGCUGCUGCAGCCAGUUUCUCUUCUGCAGCGAACCACAUACUGUAUUUAUUUGUCAGGAGAAAAGACGCUCAGAGAGGCUGCUGUGGGGUUUGAGAUGAUGUCAUGUGGUUAACAGGCUGACAUAAAGAAUUAAAACAGAGCAGGCUCGAUCUUUUACAUGUCACUUUUUGUUCUUUUUUUAUAACCCCAAUCCUUUAAAAGUUGGGACGUUGUGUAAAACUGUUGAAGGGAACAGACUUAUGUAACUCCUUUAAACCCUAUUUUUAAUUGAAAAUAAUAAAAAGAAUAACAGAUCAAACGUUAACACAUGAGACAGGGACAACAGAUCCCUGUAAAAGUUGUGUAAUACAAAUACAGCACAUCUCCAAGCUUAGUAGGCUGAUCUUAAACAGGUUGGAAACAUGACUGUGAAUAGAAGGAGUGUACCAGAGAGGCUGAGGUUCUUGUUAGGUAAGUAAGUCAAGAUUGGAAGAAGUUCACCAUCGGGAACAAGGAAAGAUCUCUGCACAAGGGUAGAAGGCUGGAAACCAGACAUGACUCUGUAGUGGAAACCACUGCAUGGGCUCACAGUCACUUUCAAAAACCAUUGUCUGAGUACAUAUUUAAGCUGCACCAUUGCAGUGGGGAAACCAUGUAUAAACAUGAUCCAGAAAUGACAAAAGCCAGGAUCUGUGAUGGUACUGAGCGGCGUAAGUGCCCAUGUCAUGGGUAAGUUACCCUUCAGGGAAGGCGCCUUGAAUUUCAAAGGAUAUAUUCAGGUUUUGGAGGAACAUAUGCUGCCAUCCAGACAAUGCCAAUAGUUAUGCAAGACAUAUGCCAGACUAUUUUCUGUGCAUAUUACAACAACAGCAUGGCUCAGUAGUAGAAGAGUCCUGCCUACAGACGGGACUUGUCAUAACUGCAAAAGUUCACCAAUGUUCUAUCCUUGUAUCAGGAAAAGAUGGGACGAUAUUUUGACAAAUUCAAAAUGAGCAAACACUAUCUGCCAAUCAAUAAAAUCUCAUCUUUAUGCUGUCUUUAGUGUAUUUUGAAAUCAAGUAUCUGGUUAUUGUAUAUUUCUUAAUAUUUUGCAAAGUGUUCCAGACGUUUAUGAAGUAAAAAUCCACCCAAAAAAGUAAAAUCUGACUUUGUGACUCUUUGUGUUUCAGCUAAAGACAGUAAUGAUGGCUGGUCCCCCUGGUCAGAGUGGACUGAGUGCACAGUCACCUGCGGGACAGGAACUCAACAAAGAGGUCGCUCAUGUGACGCAACCAGUAAUCCCUGCCCUGGACCUUCCAUCCAGACCCGCAAGUGCAGCCUGGGAAAAUGCGACAGCCGUGGUGAGACUAUAUUAGAUAUGCUGCAGUUUAUCUCCUGCCACUCGGUUUUCAUUAAAAAAUCCAGUAGCAACCUCCUCGGAGACUGGAUAUUAUCUUAAUCACAGUAUGCAUCCGCCAUCGCCACAACUACACAACUAUUUCUGUGGAUCAUAUCGCAACUGUGGAAAAAUCAGUACUGAAUAAAAUACGAGAUGGAAGCCUUUUAAAGUGCAAAAGAAAGAAUUAACGCCUUCAUAAAUCUGUUAAAAAUGGAUCCAUGUGAGUGAGGCUGAAUGCCAGCGAAGAUCUGGAUCCCAUGGUAGGGUUGCGGAGUGUGCCCAGUCCAAGUCAAGUCCCAGUAAAUCACUGACAGAGAGGGUGUUCCUCAGUACAAUGACUCAUCAGUCUGCCAUGCGAAAAUACAAAAAUAUUGAUGAAUUUGACCCUUAGACGGGCUUUAUAAGGAGUUGAGUGUCAGGAGGCUUUGGUCAAUUUAUGCUGGAUGUCGAGACGGAUGAGUUUGGGGUUUGAUAAAUGUGGGAUUAAUGUUUGUUACAAAUUACACCGCAUCUGCUGAGUGACUGAAUCAGUUCAACCCUCACUGACACAAAUACUGGCUGGGACGUAUCUGAAAGUGAUCCACAGUCGUCAGCAUCUCAAAAUGUUUACUUGAGGGAAAAUUUUUCCAAUUAUGCACGUCUGUCAUGCCUUGAUUGACUAGAGAGGACAAAACUUGAUGUUAGUUUUGGAAAUCUUCGUCUGAUAUGUUUGACAUUUGAUUCUCAGUUCGCCAGGAUGGAGGUUGGAGUUUGUGGUCGCCUUGGUCGUCCUGCUCGGUGACCUGCGGCGAAGGACAGAUCACCAGGAUACGACACUGCAACGCUCCUGUGCCGCAGCUGGGUGGCAAAGACUGUGAAGGAAGUGGGAGGGAGACUCAGCGCUGCACUGCCAAGCCAUGUCCCGGUGAGUAUUUCAGCGUGUGGCAGGAAACACUCAGAAGAAGCAUCUCCAUUUCAGCAGCAUCUGUGUCCGACUACCAGACAUGCAGACAUGUCUCAUGGCUCCCCUGAGGCUACAUUCCCCAUGUGUUUUGGACUGGCCUCCUGUCUGUCUGUCAGGAAAUGUUGACUCAAAUCAGCUCAAUAUGUUUCAUCUUGCAGUUUUAAGUUCCAAGCUUCUGAUUCUCUGGCUGCUCUCAGAAGUCAGACCUAUGAUUUUGUGAUGGUACUAUUUGAAAAAUAACCUUCAUUUCUGUAUCUUUUUAGUUGAUGGUGGUUGGGGUCCUUGGUCUCCAUGGGCAACCUGCUCAGCAACAUGUGGAGGGGGAAUCAAAAGCCGAACACGAGAAUGCAACAGCCCUAAACCUCAAUACGGCGGCAAAAAAUGUAUCGGAGAAGCCAACGAUGAAGACAGCUGUAGCACAAAUAUGUGCCCGAUCGGUAAGCUACAGCUUCAUGAUUUUUUUAAACUAUGCAAGCUGCAGAAUCAAAGUAUGAUCCAUCAGCUGUUCCCCCAUCUAUGGAGUGGCUUUGCAUUGUUUAUGACUGCCAAAAUACCCCCAGUUCGGCAAAAUUCAGCCUCUGCUUGAAACGAAUGGUUUUGGCUGCUUUUGCAGUGAUAUAGUUGGACACACCUUCUUUGGUAUUACUUUUUACACAGUUUUGUUAUCACGAAAUACUAGAAUCCUUUAUCUGCAGUUAGAUUACCUGCAAAUGUAAUGAGUUAUGGUGUCUUGAUUCCUCAUGGUAGGUCUUGGUCCAAGGUUUCAGUAACAGUUGAGAUGCAAAUCCAGCUCAGUUUAGUCCCCGUUUUUUAUCUUACAUCGGACCAGCGUAGAAUUACUCCUGAGAUUCUGUUUUCACAACAUGCUGCCUAUUUAGACAUUUAGAGACAUUACACAGGUGCAUCAACCAGUUUUUAAAUCGGUUAACUUUUGUUAUGUCUUACAUCGGACCAGCGUAGAAUUACUCCUGAGAUUCUGUUUUCACAACAUGCUGCCUAUUUAGACAUUUAGAGACAUUACACAGGUGCAUCAACCAGUUUUUAAAUCGGUUAACUUUUGUUAUGUCUUACAGAUGGCUGUCUGUCGAACCCAUGCUUUGGCGGAGUGGACUGCAACAGCUCACCGGAUGGAUCUUGGGAGUGCGGCCCAUGCCCAGCUGGUUUCCGUGGAAAUGGUACCCACUGUGAGGAUAUUAAUGAGGUAAGAGUCACUCAUUUUCUAACACAUGUUGAUCGUUCAUGUUUUUGAGGUUUCCUCCAGGCAUUGUACUGAUGCUCUUCUUCUCCUCCUCCAGUGUGACAUGGUUUCAGAUGUUUGCUACAAAGUGGGUGGAACUCAGCGCUGCGUCAACACCGAUCCUGGUUUCCACUGCUUGCCCUGUCCUAAGCGCUACAAGGGAACCCAGCCUUUUGGUAUGGGUGUGGAGGCUGCCAAGAAGAACAAACAAGUGAGUUAUCAUAACCCAGUGACUGUAGCGCAUUAGCGAUUGGGCGCCCUUACUAAUGACGAUAACGAGUAUUUCUGGUACCAAUCAGACGGACUAAACAUUCACAUCUCUGGAUGCCGUUUGAGCACUGGUAGGCUUUUGAAGAGGUGAGAACAAAAUGUGGCAAGGAAAUGAAACAAUGUGGGUCUCAGACUCCAGGCAGAUUUUCAAAGCAGCUGUAUGAAUUUCUGUGAGUCAGGUCCAAAUUUAUGAAUAAUGGAAGCAGCAGUUCAUGUGAUUUACGAGCCUCAUCCUCUCAGAGAGAGUGAUAACACAGGUUUGGAGGGGAGGCCUUGGGCCGCCGUUUAUGAAUUUUACUCACCUUGACCCAGUAUCAGCAGGAAGACGGAAAGGGAGGAGACAGGCAACUGUUAACAUCAAACAUGUGUUAACCAUGUCUGGUUCUUUCAUUGUAAGGUCAGAGACAGAUUGAAACCUGUCUUUGAACUGUCCUUUGACUCCACAUGUUGAAUGGAUCAUUGGUUUUAUUCCAGCAAGAUAAUGUCAAGCUUUUAUCAUUAAAAAGCUCAAUAUUUCCACUCUCCACUCCUGUGGCAAUUACUUUUACUACAGCGUAUAUAACAUGUCAUAUAUGUUGUAUAUAUCCCCAUGAGGGAACCCGGUUAUAUCCUCACUUUUGAUUGCUGAAUCCAAAUGACUUAUAUGACUUUCAAAAACUGCCUUCGACUUCCAUAACAUCCUUUGUAGCACCGCAGCUGCUUGUCUCUGGUUUGAUGUCUGCAUUACACUAAUUGAUUGGAGGAAAAGUGAAUUGUCUCUUCAGGGAUUAAGGAUCUCCAUUUGGCAGUUCUGAUCAAAGGCUUUCCUUUGCUGCCACUCUCUGCUCUAUGAGAUCAUUGAGGGGCAUCCAAACUUGACUCGUGUUCAUCAUCUGGUAAUGGGCGGCAGCUGUGAAUACCUUAUGCUGCAAUAAAGGGGGAACAGUCAGUCGUAGAGGGACACAUGGAGCAUUUAGAGGGAUUCCAUUAUGUAAACUGUGCCAAAGUGCCCCCCACUUUGACUGUGUCCAAAAUCUCUCCCUUAAACCUUCACUUCAGUUUUAAGUCCUCAGUUUGGCGAAGCUUCCAAAACGAAGGUUACAAGCAGUAGUUGUUAAAUAAGUCCACUUGACUUGAAAAUGUUCCCAGGAGCUGAAUCCAAGAUGGAAACCGUACAAGCAGCAAUGCUAAGGGAAAUCAGAGACUUGUAAAAGAUACUGUACCAGAAUGUAACAGCCAAAAAGUAUUACAAUCAUUGAUUGAAGUACAUCAGAUAUAAAUCCAAAACAGCAAGAAUUUCUGUGCAGGAAACUGGCAAAAAUCUUCAAACGAUACGAUACAGUGUCAUUAGCGUUGGAUCUCAUGUUACCAAUGCCCCAUUUCUUUUCUCCAGGUAUGUGAGCCAGAGAACCCUUGCAAGGACAAGACCCACAACUGUCACAAAUACGCCGAGUGCAUCUACAUCAGCCACUUCAGCGACCCGAUGUACAAGUGCGAGUGUAGGACCGGUUACGCUGGAGAUGGUUUCAUUUGUGGAGAAGACUCUGACUUGGAUGGCUGGCCCAAUCAGAACCUUGUGUGCGGUGCAAAUGCCACCUACCACUGCAAGAAGGUAUUCAAUCAAAUUUCCUUACAUUAUGUGUACUGUGUGGUAUGGAUCAUAAACAACAGAGUUUGAAAGUUAUCUGAACUCCUCUUUGCUUUUUAGGAUAACUGCCCCAACCUUCCCAACUCUGGUCAAGAAGACUUCGACAGAGACGGUCAGGGAGACGCUUGUGAUAAGGAUGACGACAGCGAUGGGAUUUUGGAUGAAAGGGUACAGUAGUUCACAUGGACAUAUUUUAUUCUAUUCUAGGUUCAUGUAACUGGAAAGAAUCUCUAAUAAUCAUGUACUUUCUGCAACAGGACAACUGCCCUCUCCUCUACAAUCCUCGCCAGUUUGACUUUGACAAGGACGAAGUAGGAGACCGCUGCGACAACUGUCCCUAUGAACACAAUCCUGCUCAGAUAGAUACAGAUCACAAUGGGGAAGGGGAUGCCUGUGCGAUUGACAUAGAUGGAGAUGGUAAAUCCUAAUAGGUCCACCUAGGCAACUCGACAUUAUAUUUGUGACUGAAUAAACUCUAAAAUUCUGUCAUUGCUCUUAUUUUCUGUAGAAAUCUUGAAUGAGAGCGACAACUGCCCCUACGUGUACAACACUGACCAGAAGGACACUGACAUGGAUGGAGUUGGUGACCAGUGUGAUAACUGUCCAUUGCUGCACAACCCAGACCAGGUAUGUAAUCUCUAUCAACAGGUAUCUGCAUAUUAAAGCUGGACCUUAAGGUGUCUACCAUAGAGCCUGUAUUCUCACUAAAUGAUAGAAGACGGACUCGUUUUAUUCCAGUAACAUAACACUGAUGAGAAGUGGUGAUCUUGCUAACUUUUGUCUGUAUUUAUUCGACAGACUGAUGUAGACAACGACCUGGUUGGAGAUCAGUGCGACAACAACCAGGACAUUGACGAAGACGGACAUCAGAACAAUCUGGACAACUGUCCCUACGUGGCAAACGCCAAUCAAGCUGACCACGACAAAGACGGCAAAGGGGAUGCGUGUGACUACGAUGAUGACAACGAUGGUGUUCCUGAUGACAAGGACAACUGCAGACUGACACCCAACCCAGACCAGCUAGACUCUGAUGGUGAGGAUGUCACAUUUGAAGGGGUUUUUUUUUGGGACCAGGUUCUUACCUCCUUUUUCAACCAUGUGUUGAUGUUUAGACAGCAAUGCUUAAGUUUUAUGCUAAGACUGCAACUAUUUAAAUGCAAGCGACAAAACUCUUUCUGGAAUAACAUUAGAAUUUGAGUUUAGAAUCAAUAGUUCUUGCCUGAUAAAGUUUCUCACUUUUGAUAGAAUUUAAGAGACUUAAUUUCCCACUUGGUGAAGAGCUGAACCGACUCUUCGUCAUUGUCAGCUUAAAUUUAAGAUUGAGGAUUAAUGCUUGGCAUGUGCAACAGCAGUUUGCAAAACAAAAACAACCAAGCGUCACUAUUGCUUUACUACCCGCCAUUUAAUUAACCAUAAAUUAUCAUCACCAUUAAUCUUCCAUGAGAUUAAUCUCUUGAGACUGAGGCUGUUCUGCUUGGAUAGGAAUAGAUUGAUGUUUUCUCAAACAGUCCCGUCUUCUCCUCUGAAAUAGACUCUCCAUCUGGCUCCAUAGGGUGAGACUUUGCACUCUUAACUCAGUGCUGUCCACUUUUUACCUCCGUGUGCCUCCUUCCAGAUGUUUUCACAGUUAGCAAUUAGCUGAACUGCAGCAGGUGUGAAAUGUGAUGACUGUGGAAAAAGUCAUCGGCCAGGUUGGCAGAGGUGAUGUCACUCUGCAUGACUUCAGGGGGCUGACCAGGAGGGCACAAAGCAGACCGUGGAGUUUUUUUAUCCCCUUCAGGCUUCGCUCAUGAUUAAUCCACAGUGCCCAAUUUAAGCAAAGGUUACCUGGAGUUUGUACAGCUGUCUGUAACUAGAAACAGACCGUGAAGGGAGGGGAGGAAGGCCCCGGACACUUUAGCUUUUCUUCACAGCUCGUCAGAUAGUGUUUAUUUGAUAGAAUGGUUUUAGCCCCUUGUGAAAUAAUAAAGAUGAUGACAGAAAGCAGCUAGCUGCUCCCACGCUGAGGCCUUCAUUAGCCAGUGGCGCCCCUUUCCGCUGUGAGCUCCUGGCUUGCAGUCUGCUCUAAUAGACUUCAAACUUCAAAUAGUUACAAGUAUCAGUGGAAGUUGUCACAGCAUGAAAAGAAGGCUGAUUUUCCCCCAGUAGACUUGGCAGACAAAGGGAAGUAAGUUUCCUUGGAGGGGUUACUAUUUUCCCCAUUCAUUUUUAAUAUUGACUUGGAGGAGCUCCUUAACCCUGGCUGCAGUAUCAGUGUUAUGACACUCUAAUCAGCUGUCAUAGAAAUUUUCCAACCUUGGAAAACAGGAAGGAUUUGAAAGGUUUUAUUUGAAUGAAGUAAAACUUUUUUAUCUGAUGUCUUUUUUUUUAAAGGUGAUGGAAGAGGAGACGCCUGCAAAGACGACUUUGACAACGACAGCAUCCCAGAUAUUCUUGAUGUGUGUCCGGAGAACAACGCCAUCAGUGUCACAGACUUCAGGAAGUUCCAGAUGGUCCACUUGGAUCCUAAGGGAACCACUCAGAUUGAUCCAAACUGGGUGGUCAGACACCAAGGCAAAGAGCUGGUUCAGACCGCCAACUCUGACCCAGGCAUCGCAGUUGGUGAGCAGCACACGAAUGUUUACUCUCUGACAACCACCUCACGUUGAUUUGAAACUUGAUUUCACUUCACAAAGCCCGCACUCUUCUCUCACUCCUUCAGGUUUUGAUGAGUUCAACGCUGUGGACUUCAGUGGAACGAUGUAUGUGAACACAGACAGAGACGACGACUACGCAGGCUUUGUGUUCGGCUACCAGUCGAGCGGGCGCUUUUAUGUGGUGAUGUGGAAGCAGAUCACACAGACUUACUGGGAAGACAAACCCUCUAAAGCCUUUGGCAUCUCCGGCGUUUCACUCAAAGUCGUAAACUCCACCACUGGCACAGGAGAAAACCUCAGGAAUGCUUUGUGGCACACGGGGAACACUCCUGGACAGGUGGGCCUCAGUCUGAAUGCUGCUUCAUCUGUUUUUGAUGUUGCUGUGGUAUUGCAGUGUGGUUAACUCUUUUUUCCACAUAGGUGCGGACUCUGUGGCAUGACCCUAAAAACAUCGGCUGGAAGGAUUACACAGCCUACAGGUGGCAUCUCAUCCACAGACCAAAGACUGGUUUUAUAAGGUAAAAAAGUGAAACAGUAGACAUGCAUUACUGCACACAAAGCUCUGGUUAUAUAGUCUACUGUUGAAACACUAUAGUGCUCUACUAGCUGGAUGUAAACGAGCACAGAUGAUGGAUGGUUUCUUACAGCACAAUGUAGCAAUUGAGAUAAAGUUGUAUAUAAGCAGUGUCUUCUUAACUGGAGGAAUCUAUAACAAGCACAGGCAUAUGUGCAUUAUCCUGCAAAGAGGGCGAAAGGCUGGUGGUGCUAGCUUUGCUAACUUAAACCGCACAAGACCAGGCAAUUUGACAUUGUUUACCCUCAGAGUCUGGAAUCCCGUGUUUAGCCACGUUACAUGAAUUGUGCCAUCCUCUGAGUUUUUUUCUGACAUGGAGACAGUUGGAAUUUAAAUUGCUGUUUAAUUGACUGGAAAAUUAGCCACUUCAGAGCAUCCCUUACUAACUACCUAGCCUAGCAGCUGCCACUAUGCCCCCUGUUUAUUGCUUUGAUUAGGAUCCAAAGACAUUUUAGCCUGUGUUCACUGAUGAGACUUUGGAAGUAGAAACAGAGUUAUGUGGUCCCUCUGUUUAUUCCCUGAGUCUUGAUAUUGUGCAUUAAAAAGGUUUCUGUUUGUUUUGUUUUUCCCAGGGUUGUGGUCUAUGAGGGAAAACAGAUCAUGGCUGACUCAGGACCAGUUUACGACAAGACGUUUGCUGGAGGAAGGUUAGGCUUGUUCGUCUUCUCACAAGAGCUGGUGUUCUUCUCCGACCUCAAGUAUGAGUGCAGAGGUUAGUACAAACAUCUUCAUAUCUACUUCAAAUUUCCGUCUCAUGCUCGUCAUUUGUCUGAUACCAAAAACUGUUUUUAAUUACCUUAAAAUUUGACAUAUAAAAUGCACAUUUAGUACCUCUAAUUGCCAUCAAAUAAGCUUCAUCCCAGAAGUUGCCAUUUGAGUAAAAGCAUGCUGGAUACAUGAUAAGGUAAACCAGGUGCCACUUCAAAACAACCACUCGCCCUUAAUCAGUCAUAAUCAGGCAUUUAGCCUGGUACAUUAUGAAGUAAACAGACCCUGAGGAGAGCUGGUUUGAUGAAAAAUACUCCAAGAUACGAUGAGUGACCAGAAAAGGCGAAUUAGAAGUUAACAAUGAAAGUUAACAUAGCUCGAGAUGAGCUACGGUAGCUAGACGGAGUGAAAAUUCCAAGUUGUUAUAAUAUUAAAAACUGAGCUACACUGUUGCAUACAAUCUGAACAUUGUGGACUUUUCUUUUUUAACUCUAUGGGAGGCCCCCGAAAGGAGACGUAAUCAUAUAUACUCGUACAACUUGCAGUGUAUUCUGAAUUUUACAGUAAUUUAAACUGUGAUACCCUAAUCUGUCCAGACAGGGGAGCUGUUUUCAGCUUCUUAAACUUGGGCUAUUAAAAAAUUGCGUAUAAUUUGUAAUUAUAUUUAGAUGUUUUUCUAACUGAAACAAAUGCUAGUAACUUUCAACUUCGCCAAAUACUAAGAACUUAUAAGUUUUUAUUAACUCGUAAAAUAGAAAUUUUGUUGCAGCCUCAUAAAUGUGGUUUCGGUAACAUAAUAUAGGUAAAUGUAAGUAACUUUGCAUUGACAGAUUUGACGGCUUAUUGGUAUUCACUGGUAUUUCAAGUGUUGGUUCGCAGUAUCUUUUUGAAAGGGUUGCUACUGCGAUACAAUUGUGCAUAUUAUGAACGUAUUAACAUGUGUGCAUAUACAGUAAAGUCCACAUCUAAAAAAUCCAGUAUAGUAUAAAGGGGAAGAAUCCUUCCUCAUGCAUGAAUGAUCUAGGUAAAGUUUUUGAACCUCCAACAUCUUUUUCAAACCUCAGAUAAGCCGGAGUUGCCAGCAGUGUUCAUCAGGUAACAAUGAGAGGGAUUAUGUGUUGUUUGUUUGGCUGACGCAAGACAAAGAAUCACGCUAUGUUUCUGCCUGUCAGCUUGCCUGUGUACAAUGCCUCAGAAGCAUUGUGAAAGACCUUGCUUGUCGGUCCAAGGCUCUUCUGUUGAGUGCUAAACAGUGGAAAACAAGCCUGCAGCCCCUUCACUGAAGACACGCUUUUUUUGACGCACACAGCGCACAUGUUGUUGCUGCUCUGGCACUUUGACUGUGAGAAUCUCCUUCAGCGUCCUCCUUCUUGUUAUGAAUAUGGCAGUAAUGGAGCUUUUCCUCUCCAUCUUUCCACAGAUAA